GAGAGCUGUUUGAGAAAAAAGUAUAUUGAAAGUUUGGUGACCAUUCCACAUUCGGGACUUUACUGAAAUUUCGUUUAUGGAAUGGAGUAGUUUUGAACACCAAAACAGAGAGUGAUGGCCUAUCAGGGUGGUGUUGCCCCUAACUUGUCACGACAGGGGAGCCACCAUUCUCUGCAGGGUCCCCCAGGUUAUGACCCUUAUUCAUCCCAUCACAGACUCCAACCCUCCAACCUCACCCAAUCAGUUCGCCAGGAUCCUAGGAGUCAAUCCCAGAUCCUAGGCCAUUCAUCUGGUCAGGCACAGACCCAGAAGUAUGUGUCCCAGCCAAAUCUCUCCCGUCAUGAAAUGGAGAAACAGCACUAUGGAAGCCAACAGAUUUCUCCUAAGCCAACAUACCAGCCAAUCAGACCACAAGAAAAAUCCAGCAAACCAGCAUAUCGGCCAAUCAGAGGUGAUGAAAGUCAGUUGAACGAAUCACAGUACAGCAGUCAACAAAACUUAUCUUCACCAACCAAUCAAAAGCCACAUUAUCAGCCAAUCAGACCGAAGACAAAUGAAGGGUCAAACUUAUCCAGACCUGUCAGUCUCCAGAACUUGAGUCUUGAUCAGCAAUGGAACUUAGUUCGUAGUGAGAGCCAGAGAUCUGUGUCUGGUCCUAGACCAAAAGUUCAAAAUUAUGCACAGAAUCAGCCAUCUCCAUCCUCACCUCAGGGUCAAAGGUCACUCUACCCUGAGGAAACUAGUCCACAAUCAACCUCUCCCAAAUACCUACCCAAUCAACCCAUCCUUCGCCAGGACAGUGAAGGUCCCCCUCCCUAUCAGAGGGAGCCAGAACAAAUCACAGCCUCCCACCAAAGCCCUCAGUACUCCCCUAAACAGAAUGGGUACUCCACACAUGAUUCUAGAAGAUCACUGAGGUCCCAGACCUCACCUUAUCCUUCCAGGAAGGACGCCGCGAGUCCACCACACACCACACCCAUGAUGUCGCGGAAGGGGAGUGAGUACUCACACGCUCAGCGGAGCACUCGAACUCAGCAGAGCACUCAGAGUCAGAUGUCCUUGGCCAGCUCGGGGAGUGGUGCUCACCCAAUACCUGAAGCCCGAGGAAUGGAGGCCUCUCACAUCAUUGAAAUCCUGAAAACAGAGAUUGUCUACCUUACAGGAGGGAGGGACAGACAAGGAGGACCAGUGCUGACCUUUCCCCCUCAACCUGUCAACCCCAGCUUCAACUCACAUGACAUCACUAUCUGCCUCAAGUACCUGUCUCAGAUACCCAGUGAGGAGUCUAAGAGGCGGGGCUUCACAGCUAUUGUGGACAGUAGAGAUGGGUCCUGGCAGAACCUGGUCACAGUGCUGGGCUGUCUCAAACAAUCUCUUGGAGAAUACAUGAAGCAAGUGCUAGUACUGAAGGCUGACCAACAGAUGGACAGACGGUCCAGUAGUAGCAGCUUCAGGAGAGACAGAAACAACCCAAACCUAGAGCCCCAGUUUGUAAAUCUCCAGAGACUGUACACUUACGUAGAUAAGAAUCAGCUGACUCACAGUUAUGGAGGACUGCUGUGGUACAACCAUCAUGAGUGGCUCCAAAACAGAAUUGACCUGGAGAAGUUUAUCCGUGAGUCGCGCGCGGCCUCGUCACACCUGGACGACUCGGAGACCCAGAUACACCAGGUAUACUCCCAGAAGGAGACCCUGACCAGUCCCCUGGAGUCCCUCCGUCAGCACCGCUUCUUCCAGGAGUCCAUCAUGAGUGUCCCCACCCAAGUCAUACGCGACGGUCGUGACCUUUUGACCCGACUUAAGAGGCCGGGGAACUCGGAGGAGGACACAGCGAGUACGCUGGAUAACCUUGAGGAACAGAAACAGGUGAAGCGGCUGAUCACGUACCUAGAGAACCGCGUAGACAAGUUACAGAACCUACUGGAGGACCGAGAUCGCUCACUCAAUCUCAACCUACACUACGAGGACUUCCAGAGAAACGUCAAAAAUGUGGUGACUUGGAUUCUUGGUCCUGGGGAGAAGUUGCUGGCCUCACAGGUGGGGAUUGGGGAUUCUUACCAUGCUGCUGAGGAACUGAGGAAAAGACAUGAAGAAAUGGAAAUCAAAUGCACAGACACGUAUGGUCAGUACGCAGAACUGCGACACACAGCGGAGGAGCUGAUCAGUGAGGAACAUCCAGCCACAGCGGACAUCAGGUCAACCCGGGACUACAUGGACACGGUCUGCCGGAGCUUCGCCAGUCGACUGGAACGUCGACGCACUCUGUUGAUCACCUCCGUACGAUUCCACAGACUGGCAGAAGAGUUUUCUGUGAAGUUGGAUGACCUACUUGAGAUGCUGUGUAGUGAGAUAGAGGCUGAGGAUGUCCCUUCUGCUGAGGCAGCCAUUCAGAAUCUCAAUGACAAAUGUGAAAAUAUAGACAAUUUGGCUCAGCAGACCUUGGAUGAUGGCCAGAGCCUGUUGGAUGAAAUGUCCCGCCCUGUCAAGAAUGCCAUGGGUAAGGACAUCACCCCAGACUACGCCUCACAGAUUAAACACGUCCAGAAGAAACUGGAGGACCUCCAGGAGAGAAAAUUACGCUGUGACGAACUGUCUGAUGUCCGCAAACUCAAACUACAACAGAUACUUCAACUACGCACUUGUGAAAGGGACGCUGAUCAGGCUAUAGACUGGAUCCUGGAGCUGUGUGAGGUGAUGGCAGCCACCCACACCAGUAUGGGGAGUACCCAGGAGGAGGCAGAGAACCUCCAGCUUGAGCACAAGAAGUUCGAGACCACAGCUGCUGGAACUUAUGAGUAUGGGAAGCAGUUGCUACAAGCAGGCUUGGUUCUGCGUCGGUCACUGAGAUACGACCUGGCCCCGAAUAAUGAGAGAUCUCACCGACUGGAGGAAGCCUGGAAAAGAUUCUCACAGGGGACCAACGAGCGAGCCAACAGACUCACCGUGUCAGCCAUGUUCCUCGCAUCAGCUGACAAAAUUCUGGAUCGAGUGGAUGACCUUCUGAUUCCAAUUUCCUGGACAAUGUCAGGAGAGGCCACUGUGCCAGACAUCCUCAAACAAUACACACCGAUCAAAGGUCAGGUGGAGAGGGACCACCAGGAGACGGAUCGUAUGGGGCGGGCCCUGCUAGAGAGGCUGGCCAUGCCAAUAAUACUCACUGAGGGGAAGGAGAAGACUUUAAGUUUGGAUGACCAUGAGGCUGUGGAGGUCAUUAGCAGUAAACUUACAAAAAUGGAACAAAAGACAAAGGAUCUGAACCGGUACUGGUCUGAAAUGGAGCGGACUAGAAGACCCCCGUCAGCAGUGCAAUACGGAGAAUCUCGUAAACGGCAGCCAUCCCGCACAAAGACGUUCUCAGGGUAUGAUGCUGGUAGGAACAAACCACAGUCUUCACAAAAAAGACAGAGGCGGUCUACAUCAGACCUCGGAAAUCAGCCAAUAGCCCCAGAGAGGGCGGUCAGAACUCGGGAAAAACCCAGACCUCCGGAGAGAUCUGGUUCCCUUCAUCACAAUGUAAAGCCCCCAGUUAGGGAGGGGCUGGUCACCAGCAGCUAUAGUCAACCAGUCAAUGCCAAAGCACAGAGUCUCCCAAGGAAUUUUAGGCCUUCAUCCCCUAAUACCCUCAAACAACAGCUGGAAGAGGGAGCAGAAUGGAUUCGAGUACGAGUCCAUCAAAUGGAGCCCGAUCUCACAGAUGUGGGAUCUACACUGGAAGAGGCCCUACAACUCAGACAAGAACACAACGAAAUGCUCGCCAAGCUCAAGAGCAAAGAAGACGAAAUCAAGAACAUCCUGGCCAGUGCAGAUGCUUACGCUGUGGAAAACCGCUCCCAAGCGGACGUGUACGCAGCUAUGGCUGAGACUCUGAACGAAGCCUGGAGAGAACUCAACACCAAACUGGAACACCGCUCAAUGCUACUGGACCAGAGCAUCGCAUUCCACCAGAGUGCUCAGGACUUUGCUGCAAAGAUGGAGCAUGCUCAGGGUAAAUUUACCAGCAUGCUGCCGACACAGGACGUGAACACAGCACGGCAUCUGCUUCAGCAGCACCAGGAGAUCAAAAAGAGUAUACUUGAAUCAUCCCAAUCAACCUUGCAACAAGGUCACUCGCUUUUGGAGCGUAUUCGUGAAAUGGGUAUGCAUGCGGACCUACAGAACCGGCACGCCACGACAGCGGCUUGUUACGGUAUUGAACACCUACUGGAACUACUACAAGACCGAAGACGACGACUCGAAGAAAUAUGGGAACAGCGUAGAAUCCGUCUCGAGCAGUGCCUACAACUGUGCCAGCUCGACCAGGAAACCAACAAGGUGCUUGACUGGUAUAGAACGACGGGUUCUGCCUACCUACAUAGGACUGAUCUGGGAGAUUCCUACCAUCACUCCCAACUCAUACAAGAGGAACACUACAGAUUUGAAGCCCAAGCAAGGCAUGUCCAAGAGAAUGUUCUGCGGCUGGUCCGUAAAGCGGAUCAACUUCUCCGCCGCACCAACUUGGACGCCGAGGGCGUAAGACAAAGACUACAGACUGUGGACCGUGAAUGUGAAAACUUCAUGGUCCGCUUGGACAACAAGAGAAAGAACAUUUCGAUGGCUCUAUCGUUUUUCGAUCUGGCCGAGAAGGCUCUGAUGACCCUCGACCAGAUCGAGGUCCAACUGAACACCAUGGACCUCCCACGGAACAGCGCAGAGCUUGCAGACCGUCAUGCUCAGUUGUCUAACGUCAUCGUGGAAUCCUCCACUCCAGCUCUCAGAGAGGGUCGAAUCCUACUAGAAAGGGUCAGUAGGGACGACCCUGGGGCUGAUGGCGUCAGACGCAAGAUGACUCAGCUGCAAGAUCGCUGCUCAGGACUUGAGUCCUUGUGUAAGGCUCGGCGUGCUGAGGCCUGGGAGAGGAGCAAGACUUACCUUAUAUUUGAAGAGAAAUACACAGAAAUUCACACUUGGGUGACAAAGAUUUGUCAAUCCACCCUCGCCAGGCACAACAGCAUGGGAACUAGUCUUACCAAUGCCGAGGACUUCCUGGAAAUACACGAACAAUUGGAACAAGACAUAAGAGACAAGAAUGCGGAUGUAGAGAGUUUGUCGGAGGCAAGGGCAAACCUGGUCAAGUCAGGGGACCCGGAGGCCCAGACUGCCACCGAGAAGGUCGACACGCUGUGUAAGCAGAUCCACCGUCUGCACCGCAUAGUGGAAGUCCGCAUUCAAAUCUCCAUCGUCUAUGUCACAUUUCACAAACUCGUGCAACAGCUUACCAACAACAUGAAUGGGUUGGAACACAUCAUAAAAUCAGAAACCGAGAAUUUACAAGACUUGACAGAAGAUGCAGUAAGACACACAGAAGAACUGUGGACAAAGGUUACAGAAACCUACAACCAAAUGCAGGACAGAGGACAUGAUUUCCUACAGAACUCAUCCACAAUUCAGGAUGACUCUACAAUAGAUAUCAGAAGCUCCACCAACACAGUGGAGAGAAUUACCUCAGAAUACAAAGAGAGGAUGACAAUACUGAGCACCACCUACGAGUCGUGGACCACCCACGUCAACUCAAGUCGCCAGUUCAAAACUCAGUGGCACCAGUUUGUACAGGAUGCCAGAAAGACAAUUGAUUGGGUCCUGAAAAUUGAGAACGACUUUUUCCCCGUCAUUGCUGGUGAUCUGGGUAGCUCAGUAGAAACAGCUCAUCGCUAUCAGAACCAGUUAGAAGAGUUCUCACCCGUGUUCAAGGUUGGUUUCCUUUUGCUCUCUUUUACUAUUGAUUGGGUUAUGAAGAUAGAAAGGGAAUUUUUCUACCCUAAUUUGGCUGGUUACUUGGGCAACAGUACACAAACUGUUGAGGAAAUGCAGAAAAAAGUUGAAAUUUUUACACCUAUAUACAAGAAAGCUCAAGAAGAGAUUGAGCGCCACUUGAGCACAGCAGAGUUACUGUCCCUGAAGGGUAAUACAAAGGGACAGAAAGACCAGAUAAUUAACGAGCUGAUCAAAGUCAGACAGCGAUUUACUGCACGAAUCCACGAGUACCAAAUACUGCUCAAGAUGACCAUACAGUUCUUCAAAAAUUUGGAUCAGCUUGACCGUCUGAUCGAGAGAACAGAAAAGGAGUACAUGGAAUCUGAUUUACCGUCAGAACUUUCGCAGGCGGAGAGUCUGCUGGAGGAACACAAACGCAAAAAGCAGGAAGUCUCCAGCCUGAUCAAUUACACUGCCGACGAAGGCGAGAAAAUCGUCGUACGCGUCCGACAAACGGAUGCAGAAGCUGCCGCCCAGGAUGACGUAGAGCGAGUCCUGAAGGUGACGGCAGAAUAUAAACAGAGAUGGAACCAGGCGUGGGAAGAUCAGGAGAAACGCCUGAAACAGAACCUACAGAUCUGUCAGUUCAACUACGACCUCAGACAGAUCCAUUCAGAGAUAGAUGAGCUACACCAACAUUUACAGGCCAGGCGAGGAAGCUACGGCAACUCACUGCCAGCAGCUAAGAUGAACUCGCAGGCCUUCAAACAGUUUGAAAUGACUGUUGAGAUGAUUGAAAAGAAAAUUCAGAAUUUUUCAAGCACCGCUGAGCUGAUGGUCCAGGAGCGCCAUGAUGACGCAGUUCAUAUUGACCGAGAACUUGACCUGCUGAAGACGAAAUGGACGACAUUCCACACCAGUGUCCGCGAUUAUCGUCAGCUCCUGGAAUGCUCAGUGGAAUAUUUUAACCUUUAUGAGGAGUCCGAAAUAUGGAUAAAAGAAGGAAUCACAUUGUUGAAUGAAAUACAGCGACACAUGAACGAGUGCCGCUCUCCCAGAGAUGCUGAGCACCUCGUGUCUACAUUGGAAAAAUUCAUAGAAAACGGACGUCCAUUGCAGGAAUCCAGACUGCAAAGGAUGUCAGAAUUAGUCAUAGAAUUAUAUGGUGAAGAGGGACCUAGUCGUUUACAUAAUUUAUUUGUGCAAAAUCAGGAAAUGAUGCAAUCAUUCCAACAAGCUGAAAAUCACAUCACACAAGUCAAAGCACAGCUGAGAGACAGAGAGGCAGGACAAGCUGUGACUGAGGAAAUUCAGCCAAUGGAAGUCACUGUUACUGCCUCUAUGCCAAAAGCUGCACCCCCUAAAAUCAUCAUGCCACUCAAAGAUGCUGAAGUUAUGGAAGGAGAAAAGGUGACACUGGAGUGCCAUGUUGACUCGGCCUCCGAGCCGCAGGUCAUGUGGUACAAAGACAACCUACCUCUGAACAGCCCGGAUUAUGAGACCAGAUACAACAGAGGCGUGGCCACGCUCACUAUCGAGGAGACAUUCUCUGAGGACACGGCUAGAUACACCAUCAGACUGACUAACGAAGCAGGAACAGCGGAAUCAUCCGCUUACUUACAUGUCAGAGAAACACAUCAGCAAAUUUUGCCCCCAGACUUCACAAAAAAUCUGAAGUCUGUAGAUGUUUUGGAGAAUUCUCCUUUAACCAUGGAAUGCCAUGUCACAGGAAUUCCGUCCCCUACAAUAUCUUGGUACAGGGAUGAUCAGAGCUUAGAUAGUUCACCUGAAUUUAUCAUCACAAAAAUAAAUGGCACUUGUUGCCUCAAAAUUCGGCAAGCCGCACGUCACCACAGUGCUAGGUACACGUGCCGUGCAAAUAAUCCCGGAGGGGAAGCGGCAUCAUCCGCCAGGAUUACCGUCGUCCCCAUGGAGAAACCAGUCAUUCACAAAAUGACUGAGGAUACUGCUAUCCCAGAAGGCAAAGGGGUCAGACUAGAGGUCAACUUCACAGGGUCACCGACCCCUGAUGUCACCUGGUUCAGAGGUCAAAACAGAAUUGUACCCUCAGCUGUUUACAAGAUCACAAUUGAUAUCAACCGAUGCACACUGGAAAUCAAGGAGGCCUACCCAGAGGAUUCUGGGAUAUACACAGUGGUUUUACAGAAUGCAGCAGGAGAGGUCAGAAGGUCAUGUCAGGUCACAGUGGAAAGCUUCUACUCCAGCACAGCUGAGUCAGCUUCCUUGGCCUCAACAGAAAUUGAAGCAACCCCACCAAACUUUCUCCAGCACCUGUCCCCAGCCAAAGAGGUCAUGGAGGGGUCAAGGGUGCGUUUGGACUGCAUUCUGGUGGGUCACCCAGAACCAGAGGUCAUCUGGUACAAGAAUGAUAAACCGAUAAAAGAGUCUAAGGACAUCCAGCUCCUGUUUGAGGGAGACCGCUGCACACUGUGUAUCAGGGAGGCCUACCUAGAGGACUCUGGAACCUACAGAAUCGUUGCCAACAAUAUUCAUGGCCAAGCUGAAAGUCUCUGUAAACUGCAUGUAGAACCGCUGAGUGAACUGAGUGAUGCGUCUAUCGGUGAGAUGACAUCACCUCGCUUCUCUCAGCCGUUGAGGGACUUCAGUGUCCAGUCUGGACACAGGGUCUGUCUGCAGUGCAGAAUUACAGGACACCCAGUACCAGAGGCCAAGUGGUACAAAGACAACAAACCCAUUGACAACAGCCCAGAUUUUGAGAUCACAGCUUUUGCUGAUGUCCACAACUUGACAAUCCCAGAAGCCUUUGAAGAAGACAGUGGCACGUACAUGGUGAGGGCCAUUAAUAUGGCUGGAGAAGCCAAGUGUUACUGUAAACUGACUGUUAAGUCUGUCUCAGAGCCCAUGGAACAGGAGGAAGUGAUGAGAAUGAAGCGUGUGGUGGAAACCAAGGAGACCAAGGUCAACGUCCGCCGCGAGGAUGUGGAGCAUUCACCACCAGAAUUCCAGAGACUGUUUCAGGAUCUCAAUGUCAAUGCUGGGGAUUCUGUUACAUUUGAGUGCAGCAUAACCGGAGCACCAAAACCAAAGGUGACCUGGUUCUUCAAUGGACAGCCUGUUGUCUCCAGAGACUACCAGAUUACUAUGGAGGGCAACAUCCACCGACUACACAUACCUGAAGUGUUUGAUGAAGAUGCUGGACGAUUCUCCAUCACAGCAGAAAACCCUUCAGGCAAGGCCACUUGCUCUGCUGUCCUCAAUGUGGAUGAGGAGGAAGCUCCUAAAACCAGGAUAUUUGGCUCCACUGAAUACACCAGUAGAAGAGUGUCACACACAGAGAGGGUUACCUCCAUGGAGACCAGGAUGAGCCGUACCAUCAUGUCUGCUCAGCAGGAGCAGCGCUCCUAUAUACCGUCCACUGAACAGCACGCCACCACCAUCAUCACUGACGUUAAACCGAAGUACGAGCAGCCUCAACUCACUGCUCAGGAACACUAUGCUACCACAAUUACGACAGACUUACAACCAAAAUAUCAGCCUGUGGACCUCACCAUCGCAGUGCCAGUCCCACCAAAGUUUGCCCAGGCUCUGAAAAAUAUCCAGGCCCUGGAAGGAUCAAAGGUUACGUUUGAGGGAGUUGUAACAGGCAAACCAGAGCCUACCAUCAAAUGGUUCAGAGAAAAUAGAGAAUUGACAGAUCAAGCCGACUUUGAGAUUUCCUACAAAGAUGGUCGUGUCAGCCUGACUAUCCCUGAAGUCUUCCAGGAGGAUGCUGGACAGUUUACCUGUACAGCAAAGAAUGUGGCAGGAAGUGCUACCAGCUCAGCCGAGCUCGUUAUCAGAGCUUCUGUGAUCCCAGCCGCAUUUACACAAAGACUUCAGAGCCAGGAUGUCAGUGAAGGAUCUCCUGUCCGGUUUACAGUCCGAGUGGCCGGUCAGCCUGGUCCAGAGGUCACCUGGUACAAGGACGGUACCAAACUGACCAGUUCCAGAGACUUCGAGAUAGUACAAGAGGGAGACAUCCACUCCCUCUACAUACCAGAAGUGUUCUAUGAAGAUGCUGGUAAAAUAUCAGUCACCGCCCAAAAUCCUGCUGGUAAGACCCAGUGCCAGGCUGAACUCAGAAUCCAAGCACCAAUGGAGGAAACCGUUUCUCCUGUGCAGAAACCACCUACACAGAUGCCCUAUGGAGAACCAACUGCAUCACCAAAAUUACAGAGACCAUCAGACUUCAUGAAGAAAGACAUAGCCCCUAAAACUCGAGCCCCUGCUGAGCCCCAGAGGUUCACCGAGCAGAUGGAGAUGGAAGUGGCCGGGGAUAAACAACUCCCAAUGUUUGAACAGAGAUUUAAACUUUUCCAGAAACCAGAGGAGACAGCUCCACCCAAGAAGGUGUCCGAGGUCUCCUACAAACCUGCAGUGACUCACAAGCAACCACCUAAAUUUACCAAAAGACUACAAGACAAGACAAUAAAGGAGGGAGAGAGACUGAUCUUAGAGGUCCAUGUGGAAUACAAGGGACCUGAGCCCAUUGUGAAGUGGUACAGGGAGGGUUUGAUCAUCAGAAACUCCCCCGACUACCAGAUUACAUUUGAGAAUGGCACCUCCAGACUAUCAGUGGCUGAAGUCUUCCCAGAGGACACUGGGGUGUACAAGUGUGUGGCCACAAACGCUGAUGGAUCAGACGCCACAGAAGCCAUGCUUAGGGUUAUUGCCCCAUCACCAUCUCAGUAUGAAAAGAUGCCAGUGGAUGAACGCCCAGACAUUGCCACACAUGUACCAAUGGAGGAGGAAAGAGUACCUUCUCCAGUGGAACCACAGCAGCCAGUGUUCCUGGAAUCUCCACAGGAUUUCAGACUUGUUGAGGGAACCAAUGCAAUCUUUGAGUGCCGCCUCUCAGGGAAGCCAUUCCCAGAAAUCACCUGGAGAAAACGAGGAUUCCCCAUCAGAAAUGAUGCCAGACACAGAAUCAGUAUUGAUGAGUACAAUGGCCGCUGCUCCCUGGUCAUAUCUAACUGUAAGCCUGAUGAUGCUGGUGACUACACAUGUACAGCAAUCAAUUUUGCAGGAGAGGCCAACUCUACUGCUGUGCUUCUGCCUGCAGAAGUAAAAGCACCACCUCCACCACCAGCACCAGAACUUCCCAAAACCCAACCACCAACAUGGCAACAGAAACCAUGGCAACAGAAGACUGAACCAGCAGCUAAGUUACCAUGGCAACAGAAGGAGACCCAGCCAUCUUGGGCUGCUGUUACAGAGCAGUUAGCUGAGGUACCUCACAGACCAGACAAAGGAUUCGUGACCACCAGGUCAGAGAGAAUCCUGGAGAGUAACCUGGAAUACAGACGAUCUCAGGAACCCGAGGAGAGACCAGUCACCUCCACAGCAGACUUCCAGCCUGCUGGUUUUGAGGAUAGACUGAGACAACAGAACUACAUCAAAGAUGGAAGAAUCAAAUUCUCCAGUGAGACGGAGACAUCUCAGUCCGAGUAUGAGUCUGAGAUUGACCGCUCACCCGUGGCUCAGCCCUGUCCCCCCCAGAUUACUCAGAGGCUGAAGGACUUCCGAUUGAUGGAGGGAUCUGAUGCCACCUUUGUCUGCCGCAUCUCAGGACGACCAAGACCUAAGGUUGCCUGGUACUUGAAUGGACACAGAAUCAAGAGAUCAAACCGAUAUGAAAUGAAAUUCACCAAAGAUGGCUACUGCACUUUACGUAUCCGAAUGGCCCUGCCUGAGGAUGCGGGACAUUACACAGUGUUAGCUGUCAAUAACCUAGGAAAAGACACCUGCUCCAGUAAACUUUACGUGGACAGACUCGGAAAUAUUGAUGCCACUUCAUUUGUGGCACCUGAAACCCUGGAUAAGAUACUAAACCAAGAUAAGAAAGAUAGAGCCCCGGAGGAUGAGGGUGGAAUCCUGGAGGCCCUGUCCAGACCUGUGUUUAAGAAGAAGCCUGAGGAUAGGGAGGUACAUGAGGGGAACACUGUUCGUCUGGAUACCCUGGUGUCUGGACGACCCGUACCAGAACUGUCCUGGUUCCUCAAUGGCCGCCCAGUCCACAAUGAUGACCAUCACAAGAUUGUGGUCAAUGAAGAUGGAGUGAACUCUUUGAUAAUUCUGGGAGCUUCACGAUAUGACAGUGGUACAUACAAAUGUGUGGCCAAGAACAAAGCUGGAGAAAACAGCUUCUCUGUCACCCUCAAGGUCAUGGAGAAAGAACAAAUGCAGCCACCUAAGUUUGUGGAGAGAAUGCAGAACUUCACUGUGAAUGAGGGUCAGCCAGUGACCUUGACCUGCAAUGUCACUGGAGUACCUGUCCCCAUGAUCAGCUGGCAGAAGGAUGGCAAGAUGUUGACACACACCAGCCCAUACCAGAUAAACACUGAGGGUGGUAGAACCAGCCUGACGAUCCCCGCAGCUCAUGUAGGAGACUCUUCGUGGUUCCAGUGCUCUGCAGCUAAUGUUGCUGGCACCGCCUCCACCCGAGCCAAACUGACCGUACAGGCCCUGCCAAAGAAGGUAGAACCACCCAAGAAAAAGAUCAGCAUCACUAAAGCUCCCAGAAAGGUGCCUUCACCACCGGUGGUUCCUCAGACUGAGCCCAGAGUGAGCAGGACCGAUUCACCACCUCACUAUGAGAUACAACCAGAAGGUCUGGUUCAACAAAUCUCAUACUCAACUGAGCGUGAGAGUGCAACCCUCAAGUUUGUCAAAGAGGAAGACAUCUCCAGUUACAAACCCUUUGGACUGGAGUCCCCUGAGGAAGUGCCUAAGACUCAGGUCACCCCCCGAGUUCCCCCACCCACCCCUGUAUCUACCUCUGUUGAAUCCUCCCCCAUACCAAAACGACGAAGACUUGGACAAAGACCAAUUGAUCAAGCCACACCUAAAAAGACAUUUACACCACAAGCACCAGCUGUUCAGCCAGUGCAGGAACUCAUGGAAGAACAGCCAAUGGAAGUGGAGGAAGAGGUGCUUCCUAAAUCAGUAUCUGAGGCCAAGGCCAGAUUUGAGCAAGGACAAGAAAUCCCACAAGCUAGACAGCCAAAACACAAAAAGCCAACCAAGCCGGCUCAACCAGCUGCACAGGCCUAUAGACCAGUGGCACCACCUCUAGAAAUGAGACCAACCACUGAGGUCUCCACCUACAAACAUGUCCCAGCACCAAAGGAGGUUCCCAAACCAGUGGUACCUCCUCAAGAAAAGCCAAAACAGGUGGCUCCAGUGGCAGCCCCUGUACCUACACCAGCUAUGGCACCAAAAAUGCAAUCUAAAAAGAAAGUCCAGAUAUCUGACAAAACUCGAGUCAAGCCACCAUCACCUCCUGGCUAUGAAAUACAGACAGAAGGAUUUGUACAGCAGAUAAGUUAUGCCUCGGACACUGAGACCGGGUAUCUACGUCUGGUAUCAGAGGAUGAAAUGGAUGCUCCAAGACAUGAACCUCUUGAGAGGGCUGCACCUCCAAUGCAACAGGAGGAGGAAGAAAGAGCAUCUCCAGCAUGCAAAGUGCCUCCAUUAGUUCCACCAAAGCCAUCAAAACAGGCCUCACCUAUACCAGAGCAGGCCCCUAAAAUGGCCUCCCCCUCCCCAAUUCAUGUUAUCUCACAUGUGUCUGCUCCAGUUUGGCAGCCAAGGAGUGCUUCCCCCUCACCAGUGAGACCCCAGAAAGGGGCCUCUCCAUCUCCUGUGAGAUUUGUGCCUAAAUUGGCAUCCCCUGCCCCCAUAUGGCAACCUCCAAGUCCCUCACCAUCACCUGUGAGGGUAGUUAAGAGGGCUUCACCUUCGCCCUCUCCAGUGAGGUCUGUCUCACCGUCACCAGUGCGCUUCGUACCUAGACUGGCUUCGCCUGCACCACCUGCAAUAUGGCAGCCAUCUAGGGCCUCGUCAUCCCCUUCUCCUGCAAGGUCACUGAAGGGUAUGUCUCCUGUUCCCAUACAGUUUGUCCCUAAGGUGGCCCCUUCACCACCACCUACAACACCCAUGUCAAUAUCACUGACUACGAAGUCCAAGGUGUCCACAAAGAAACAUGUGACAAUAAAACCGCCAAGUCCAAUCUCUGAGAGGCAGGAGAUUGAUUUCAAUAUCAUGGGCUUUGAAUCAGCCCCAGAAAGCCACUAUGAGAUUCGGGAGGUUGGACCUGUUCAGGAAAUACACUAUGUCUCUGAUACAGAGGCAGCCACACUGAGACUUGUGGGAUAUUCCACAGAGGAAGAACCUGACAGUGGACUACCACAUUCCUACAGUCAACCAGAGAUUUCUCUUGCUCAACAAGUGAAGCAUCAACAGUACAGAUCUGUCAAGCCUCCCUCACCAAGGGAGCGCAAGAAGACAAGGAAGCAGAAAACACCAUCACCACCCAAGGAGACUUUCAAACCUGUACCGGCUCCCCCGGUAUUUGCACCAAAGCCUGCACCAGUACCGGCACCAGAGAGGCAGGUGCCACCAUCACUGCCUCAGAACAUGAAAGUUAAGGCACCAGGGGUAUUCAAGCCAAGUAAACCAGAAAUUAAACCAAAACCAUCCCCCAAACCUACCAUUUCUAAAAUGGAUACUAGUGUGAUACCAAAACCCAGCCCAGAUUUUGUGAGUGCUGAGGCCAAAUUCUUUCAAAGAAAGCCAGUUGAGGUUGAUGAUGUUCAGGAAUCUAAUCUUAAGCCAUCAGAGAUAGCCAGGUAUCAGAAGUCAGGAGUAACAAAACCUGAAGAUGAAACAGAUUUUAGACAACAGGGCAUUGUUGUCACAGAAAGUGAUAUGAUACAAAGUCCAUUCUAUUUGAAAGACCAAGACCAAAUAGGAUCUGUACAAGUCACAAAAAUGACUAGAACCCAGAUGAUUUCUACACAAUAUCAAACAGAAUUUGAGGGAAGGUUUGUUCCAGAACAGCAACCUGAUUACAUUUCUUCUGAUGUCAUUCCUAAAGAGAAACAGCCAUUUGAGGUGGAUCUUGGAGUAUAUGGUUCAGAGCCAUCAGAGGUUACCAAGAAAACUACAACUGAGGCUUCCAAGAAAUUUCAGACAGGAAUUACAGAACAAAGGCCAUCUAUCCAGCAACCAAGCUUUGUUUCAGCUCAGUACCAACCAGGACAACCGACUCCGGUGGAGGUAGACCUCGGUGUGGACCAAUCUGGUUUGGAACCGUCUGAUGUCACAAGAGUGACAUUUGAUCAAGUGUCCAGAAAAUUUCAGACUGAAGUAACUGGAGAUGUACAACCCCCACAAAAACCUAUGUAUAGAGCAGUGGAGUUUAAACCAAUGCAACCAAAACCCACAGCUGUUGAUCUUCAAGGUAGUAAACCUCAACAAAUAAAGGAAACUCAGGUGAAAACAACAGAGGUUACAAAGUAUGACAGUGGAAUGAGUUGGAAAGCACCAGCUACUCCACAACCAGAUUAUGUGUCUGCUGAAGCCAAGUACUUCCAAAGAGGACCUGGGCCUGUAGAUAUUGAAGUUGAUGAGGAGGCAAACCUAAAACCAUCCGAGAUUGCUCAGUUAAAGAAACAGCAGACUCUUGCCAAACGUUAUCCACCAGAAGUUCCCCCAAAACCUAAAACACCAAAACCAUCUGCUGCAGGAAAACCUCAUCAGAAGAUGGAAUUCUACACUGCUGUCUCAUCCCCAACUCAAGUCCAUACAUUUGAAGAAACUUUCAAGUUACCUUCUAAACCUGCAGGAUUUGCUUCUGUCAAACCUCCUACACCAAUACAGAAGACACCCCCUGUUGAGAAGACGGUGUACUUUCCAGACGAUAAGCUGUCUGUCACCUCUGUGACAUUAGACACAAAACCACCACCACCAGCAACUCUACCCAAACCAAAGAAACCUACAGAGGCAAAGAAGUCAGAAGCCAAAAUCCAAAUGACAACUCAGAAACCAAAGCAUGUGAAGCCAGAAAGACCCAAACCAAAGUUUUCACCGAAAACAAAAAGAGUGGAACACAAAGUAAAAAGUGAGAAAAGGGUUACUUUUACUAGUACAUCAGAUGAAGGACCUCGUAUAAAGUACAGAUCAGAGUCAGAUACACUCUUCACAGAGUCUGAUUCAGAGGCCCCAAGCUGGGCUUAUGUAGGACCCAAAAUCCACAAAAAGAAACCUACCGACAAACCCAAAAAAUUGAUUAUAGAUAUUGAACCCCUGAAGUUACAGCCAGAUUUGGUUGAUUCCUGGGAGCCAAUUCGAGCUCCUGAACCUCCCAGACAACAUUACACUGAUACAGAGUCUGAAGAUGUCUCCUGGACCCCACAACAUGUCAUUAUCCCCCAGGUGGCCUCUGACAUAGAAAAGAGGGAGGAGGAACUCAGACCAUAUUCAACAUCUUUGGAUAUAAUGACCAUGCCAAUCCACGUCAAACAGGACCUUUACCGUGAGUCUGCCGUGCGUGAAUUCAUUCGGAGGGAAGGCCAGGCCCCUGCGGAGGAGGAUCUGUACCACAAGGACAAGAAACGCCCGCCCAAGUUCAAAACACAAAUCAAGAACUUGACAAACCUGAAGGAAAAUGACUCGGCCCACUUUGAGUGUAAACUUAUGCCAUAUGGUGAUCCUACCAUGAAGGUCGAGUGGUACAAGGACAACCAACCACUUCAUCAUGGACACCGAUUUAAGCCAAUGUUUGAGUUUGGCUUUGUUACACUGGACAUUCUGUACACCUACCCAGAGGACUCUGGUGUGUACGAGUGUAGAGCCACCAACAACUUUGGAACAGAUGUCACUCAGGCCACAAUCAAAUGCAGAGGACAACAAGCCAUCAUUGCUGAGACACAGCUACCAGGAGAAGGGGCUCUGCGUCUCCAGGAAAUGGAAGAAAACUGGAGAAGACCGUCCCAUCUGGAUGAGAGAGAAAUGGAGGAACCAAAGAUGAAAUAUCCCCCCUCUAUUGAUAUGAAGCCGGAGCCUGUUGCCGUGGCUGAAGGAGAACCAGCCAAAUUCAUGGUCAAAGUCAGCGGCUAUCCCCGACCACGAGUCACAUGGUGGGUCAAUGGAACCAUGAUCAUGACUAGUAGCAGAUUUAAGAUCCGCUAUGAUGGAAUGAUGAACUACAUGGACAUACCCAGAGUUAGGGAGUAUGAUAGUGGACAGAUCAGGGUAGUUGCCAAGAACACUGAGGGUGAGGCAGAGGCCAGCACGGUCCUCAAUGUCCUACCCAAAGAGGACUUCCGCUCCCAGCUCAGACAAGCUCCAAAGGGUGAGCUACAAAUCGAGCUAGACCACAGACGCAAGAUCGAGCUCAAGAAUGUGGAGUUCAAACGUCCGUUUGAAAUUCCCAAAGCUGCUGACUAUGAACUUAAACAGAUUGAAAGAGCACACGAAACCAGAAUCAAGAUGAAACAUGACAAAGAACAAUACAUGAAAACUGACAGUAAAUUCAUGGCUCAACCCAAACCUGACCAGCCGGCUCGCGUGGUGAGACCGGACCGACCAGAAAUCCAGAUGGAGAUCCAGAAGGCCCGGAUGGUUCCGGUUAUUCCAGAUCAGAUAGUUCCCACAGAGGACAGCAAAGUGUCAGAGACACAGAUCAUGUUGGAGAGAAGAGAGCCACCAGUGUUCAUCAAACCCAUCAGACCUCUCAGGGUCACUGAGGGAACACCUAUCACAAUUGAGGUUCAGUUCAAGGGUUACCCACCACCCAUCAUUUCCUGGUACAGAGACAACUUUGAGAUCCACCCCUCUCAUGAUUUCCAGAUCCACACCACAGAAUCCACCAGCAGUCUCCACAUCCCUGAGGUCUUCCCAGAAGACACGGGAAUGUUCAUGGUCAAGGCGUACAACAUGUACGGGACGGUCCAGUGUAAGGCCAAACUGACUGUGGUGGAGGAAGAGGAGACAACUGAGAGAGUUAACUCGCCGGAGUUCAGGAACCUGAUACAUGACCUUAACACCGUACAGGGAGAACCCGCGACAUUCGACUGUCAAGUGACCGGCCGCCCUAAACCUAAAGUCCAGUGGACAAAGGAUGGAAAGCCACUGGAGGAGUCUCCUCAUAUGAAGUUCAUUGAGGAGGAUGAUAAUUAUACACUACUGAUCUACGAGGUCCAGCCAGAGGACGCCGGUCAGUAUGACUGUGUGGCCAUCAACACAGUGGGAAAGGCCACCUGUACAGCCAGACUCAACGUGGAAAUGCCAGUGAAGCCACCAGAGCCAAUGGAACCUCCCACUGAGGUCCCUGAUGAGGCCCCAACUGUAGCCUCUGAACCUCAAAAUCUGAUUGUGGAUGAAGGAGAACCUGCCACCUUUACAUGCAAAAUCAAAGGAUCACCAGCUUCUAUUGUCAGUUGGUACAGAAAUAAUCAGCUCAUCAAGCCCUCUAAGUACUUCAGAAUGGAGUCUUCACCAGACGGAGUACACAGCCUCAGUAUUCUGGAGGCCUUCCCAGAAGACAGUGGUAACUACCGCUGUGUGGCCCGCAACAAAGCCGGGGAAACCACCUGUGGUGCACUGCUCAAAGUUCAAGGAUUGGAGAGUGAUGCUGAACCACCUUCAAUUGAGUCCAGAACUCAACCACCGAGCUUCAACCAGCCCAUCACUAACACACUGGUGGUGGAGGGCAGCCCUGCUAGAUUCGAGGCCAGAUUCUCAGGUGUGCCACCUCCAGAGAUUACCUGGCUGAGGAACGGUCUACAGGUCAUCCAAAACUCCAAGAACUACCAGAUUGAGAAGAAUCCUACAUCCACUGUGUUGACAAUCAAGCAGGCAUUCCCUGAAGACAGUGGACUGAUCACAUGUAGAAUCAAGAACAUAUCCGGCACCACUGAGUGUUCGGCUGAGCUUUAUGUUCAAGACUCAGAGGAAGCCAGACUUUUGGAAGAGAAAUAUAUCACAACAAUACGAACAAACCCACCUGAAUUCAUCAAAGCAUUGACACCUGUGAAGGAUUUGAGACCAGGUGAAGAUGCACGACUGGAGGCCCAGAUCUCGGCCUAUCCCCCACCCAAGUACAACUGGUACUUCAGUGGUAAGGAAAUAGUUCCCUCGGACCGGAGAGAGAUAGAGCAGGAUAAGGACACCAUUAUUCUGAUAAUCCGACAAGUGAAGCCAGAGGACCAGGGAGAUUACACACUCAGAGUACAGAACGAGAUGGGAGAGAUCACCUGCCGGACAACACUUAAUGUUCAAGGCAAGGAAAAGGAGGUAGCCUUGCCCUUCAGUGACACAAGACAACAAACAAUGACAGUCACCCAGACUACAACUACCAUCACAAGAGAGGAACACACUGUGUCUCAACUGAUGAAGCCAGUGUUUAAAGAACCCCUAGAACCAGAGAUCUACGUCAGGGAAAGGGGAAUCGCAAGACUAGAAUGUAAACUGGAUGCCUACCCACCUCCUCUUGUCACUUGGUUCAUCAACGGAAUGGAGGUCCAUCCUUCUCCUCAUUACGAGGUUCUCUAUGAAGACGGCAAAUCUGUACUUCUCAUUAUUGAAGUUGGACCUGAGGAUGUUGGUGAAUAUACAUGCAAAGCUGUAUCAGAACUUGGAGAGGUUGUGUCUAGCACCACUCUUUAUGUACAAGAACCAGCCACAGAGGAGAUGCCUCCUGUUCCUCAUCGUCCUGAGGACACAGCCUUUGUACAGCCCUCACCUUCCACCUCACUCCAGCCACCACGCUUUUCUGAACCACUACAGAGCGUUGAAGUUGUGGAUGGGGAAGAACUGAAUGUUCCUUGCAAAGUCAUAGGAAAACCACCUCCUCAAAUUUCUUUCUUCCACAAUGGCAAGAACAUUGACCAUGAUGAGGAAUAUGUCAUCACAUACAAUCCUGAGACAGGGGAUGUCACUCUACUCAUUGUGGAGGUCUUCCCAGAAGACGAGGGAGAGUAUGUGUGUGUGGCCCACAACCCAGCGGGAGAGGCCAGCACUAGGAUGUACCUCAGUGUUCUUGACUCUGGACCAGCAGAGGAUGUUUAUGAGGAGGCUCCAAUGGAUGUAGAACAGACUGAAGUGAAAUUCACCAUGCAGCUACCUCAAGAAGGAAUGGAGGUCACGGAAGAGGAUCUUGUGCCACAGGUUAUUGAGAGACCUAAAGCUGUGGCAUUGCAACAGGAGGUCCCCAGAUCUCCAUCCCCUGAAGUUGUUUACCAGGCCACUGUUCCAGUUCCCAAAUCACCAGAGGAACCAAUGGAUGAAGUCCAGGAGGAAAUUUUGGAACAGGAAGUAAAACCCAAGGUCAUUGAAAGGCCAAAACAAAAACCACUUGUAGAGGAAAAGGUGAGGGAUGAAUCACCAGUCAGAGAAGUUGUGACUGUAGCUCCCGAAACUACAAAGCCAAAGGAAGACAAACCUGAAGUUUCUGAAGAAUCAGUUGUACCAGAAAUUGUGACAAAGAAAAUUAAGCUACCAGGUGAAAAACCUAUUGAUGAAAGACUUGGCAAAGAAGAUUCAUUUCCGGGAGAGGAACCACCAAAGAAGAAACCAGAGGUGACUGCUCAGUAUGAAACAGUUCUUGUACCAGAGGCAGCUGAGGAAGUACCACCAGAGUUUACAGAGGAACUCCAACCUCAGAUUCUGCCUGAUGGAGAAGAGGUGACCAUGACUUGCAGAGUUGUUGGUAGCCCAAUUCCUGUUAUCAGAUGGUACAAGGAUGGACAGGAACUGAUGCCAAGUACUGACUUCCAUAUCAGCUAUGAUGAAAACACUGGAUUAUCUACACUGACAAUACCAGAGGUAUUCCCUGAAGAUGCGGGAGAAUAUUCCUGCUCAGCAGAAAAUAUGUUUGGUGAUGCCACAACAUCAGCCAGCCUUGUUGUGGACACAAUGCCAGAUGAAGAGGUUCACAGAAGGACCCAAAUGGACACCAGCACCUACCAGACAUUUACACUGACACAAGAUGUCCCUGACUCUGCUGUGUUGGAGACACAGGAUCAGUACAAAACCACACUUGAUAUUCCACCUCAAUUUAUUAAACCACUGGAAAAUGAAGUGACAGCAAAAGAGGGAGGAAGCACUACGCUUGAGGUCAUAGUAGCAGGAGAGCCACAACCCAAAGUGACGUGGUACAGGAAUGAGGUUCAGAUUGUUCCAGACAACAGAACAAUGAUUGUCCCAGAGAGAAAUGUCACCAAGCUCAUCAUUGAUCACCUCCGACCCGAGGAUGAUGCCGAGUACAUUUGUGUGGCAGAAAAUGAUAGGGGAGUGGUCACAUGCAAGAGCAAACUCCAUGUCAUCCCAACAAGAAGAGUGGAGUUUGAAAUACCAGAGGAAAAAGUAGAGAGGGUAAGAGAUACAACUAUUCCUAAGUAUGCCAUCUCUGAAGACGAGACUGCUCCUAGUGCAAGUGAGGAUGAAUUACCAGAGGACAAAAUAGUACCUCCUGAAUUCACGGAGCUUCUACAACCAGUUACCAUACGAGAUGGUGAACGCAUUGAAUUGAGAGUAAGCUUCCGUGGAUUCCCUGCACCAAGAAUCCGCUGGUACCACGAAGGCAAAGAAAUCAUGAAUAGUGCCGACUUCCAGAUUACUAUUGACUUCAACAGAGGCCAGAGUACACUCGUUAUUGUAGAGGUGUUUCCUGAGGACCAGGGUGAAUACACUUGUACAGCCAAAAACAAGUACGGGGAAACCAUCACCACCUGCCGGCUAAAUGUCAUUUCACCAGAAGAAACUAUCCCAACUAAAGAGUUCUCAAGAACACAUAUUGAAGUGCAAAAAAUGACCCAACCUGAACCUGUUCAUGAAAUCCAUACCUCCCAAAUGAAAAUUACCGAACUCACAGAUGAAGAAAUUCCAGAAAUACCAGAAACUACCAAAUACAGUGAAAUGAUUGAGGUGGAUCAUAAACCAAAAGUCACUGAGCCAUUUGAGAUUAUCCCUAUACAACAGGAGAGACAACCACAAGGUCCAAUCCAAGUUGAAAUCCAGCUUGGAGCCCCAGGAACUCCUCAGACCACUACCUCAGUUGUAACAGAAACCACAACAUACACACAAGUCAUUUCAGAGUUAAAGGAGGAACCUGAGGUAUACCCUAAAAUCAAGGAAGGAGAUGGUGUUCACAAAACUACGGUGACCAUGAAAAAGGAGGAAGCAGAGGGACCUAUGGAGUUCAAAUUAAAACUGCCUGAACAAGAGAAAACCGAAGUAAUUACCAGCACUCGUCAACUUGUGACUGAAGAGAGAAAGGUCACUGAAUUACGAGAAUCACCAACUGAAAGACAUACAGAGACUAUAGAAAUUGUUCAAGAUCAAGGUCCUGAAGAAGUAGAAUUCCAAGUUGUUUUGCCAACACAAGAAACGAUCAAAACUGAAACCCUGAAAACCACCGUAGAUGAGAGACGACAGUCUGUUCAAAAAAUGGAGGUAGACAUCAAGGAAGGUUUCAUGAAACAGAAACCUAAGCAAACAGAAAUACUUAUUCCAUUGCAAGAUCAAUCAAUGGAUGUUUCAGAAUUACGAGAUAUGCCUCGACCUACUGAAGAACAGAUUGAGGAAGUAAGACCUACUAUUGAAAUAAUUGACAAGAUGGAAAAGGUCCCAUCUCAAGUUAAAGAAUCUGUAACUUUGGAACAGACCCCAGUUUCAGAGACUGAAAUGCAGACUACUGAUUCAACUGAUGCCUCCUUUACAAUGGUAAUUGAUGAUACACAAGCUCCAGCAGUAGCUCAACCAGAGGACAGUAAAACUGAAGAAAUUUCAUUAGUUUUCACUCCUCAGGUUACUGAAGAAACAGAGGAGACCUUCACUUUACAACCUGAAAAAGUUGUCAGUGAAGUGUCAGAAUCACUACCUGAAAAACAAGAGGUUAUUCCCGAAUCAGAGACACAAGCACCAGAGGAUGAAAUUCAUAUCACUGAACGUGGUACAGUAGAAAUUGUUAAAGAACCAGAAGAAUCAGAGAGUAUUGAAAUUGAUAUUGACAUCUCUGAUAGGCUUCCAGAGGUUACAGAAGUGAAAUCAGUAGAAAAAGUGACUGAAACAGAAAGGACAGAAACCACUCUUCAAAUUCCAGACUCUCAAGAGACACACAGAGAGGAGGUAACUCUUGAUUUACAAGAGAAACCUUUAGAAGAAAUGCAGAUUGACAUUCAGUUAAUGAAACCAGAAAAGCAUGUGCCUAUUCAGGAGGAGAUAACUGAUAUUGAAACUUAUAAAACCACAGAAAAAGAAGCAAUUGUUUUGCCAGAAACAUCUGAAAUUCAACUCAAGGAAACACUAACUGAAACUGAAGAAAGGCCACAAGAGGACACUUCCUUUACUAUUCAGAUAGAUGAAAGAACAACAACUGAAACAACAGAUCAGGCUUCAACAGAGACUGUAGACUCAAUUGAAAGUGCCUUUACCUUUCAGAUUCCUCAAACUGAAGAAACCCAUAUUGAUAAAGUAACAUAUGAAAUUGGUGAAAGGCCAACAGAGGCUGUAGAAAGGACCAUUCAAUUACCAGGAGAGGAAGCAAUAGCUGAAAAAGAAACGAGUGUUUACACAGAACAAGUUACCAAAGAGGACCAGGAAGUAAUUGCAGUGCCAGAAACAGAGCAAGUCGAAUCAGAGGAGGUUGUGAUCAAUGUUCAACAACAACCACCAGAAUCAGUAGAGAUGACAAUGCAGUUUGAUACUGAACAAACUGUUCCAAUUAAAUCAGAUACAAUAUUUACAGAACAAGUCACAAAAUCUCAGGAAGAGGAGGUAUCUCUUCCAGAAAUUGCAGACACAUACAAAGAUGAAUACACGUUACAGAUUUCACAAGAAAAGCCUUCAGAAUCUGUAGAGAUGACCAUUCCAAUUGACACAGCAUUGCAUGCACCAGUUCAAGAGGAUACAGCUGUUACUGAAACAACAGCAAAAAUAGCUGAGGUGAAUGUGGAGAUGCCAGAUGAGACUGACACCAUCACUGAGGAAGUUUCUUUGAAAACCAAGGAUCAGCCCACUGAAUCUGCUGAAUUAUCAAUACAACUCGAAACUGGAGAAAGAUCGCAAAUACCUGAAGAAACUGUAGAAUUACCAAUCAGUAUUGGGACGUCAAGUGACCAAUUUACAAUUGAUGUUGAGAAUCAGUCAGAGGAUAGAGCCGAUUUCACCAUACAGCUUCAAGAGAAUCAGACCCCAGAAAUGACCCAGACUCUUAUGAUAGAAAGACCAGGUGAUAUAAGCAUUGGGGAUCAGAUAGUAUCAGACAACCUACAACAUGAAGAAAUAACAUACAAGAUUGGUGAACAACCCACUGAGGGAUUUGAAAUGACUUUUCAGCUAGACCAGGAUGAACAGUAUGCAACUCCAGAUGAUAGCUCAACUACUACUACAGAAACAGUUAAAGAGUCAUUUACUUUCCAAGUACCAGAAUCAUCAGAGAGUAUGAAAAUUGAAGAGAUGACGUUUCAAUUACCUAACAAACUAGAUGAAGCUGAAGCUAGUCAGGUAGUUGACACAACCACUCAAAUGGAAACAGUGUCUGAUUCUUUUACAUUCCACGUUCCAGAGUCUGAAGAAAAACAAACAGAAGAGAUAACUCUACAGCUGGAAGAAGAGCCUUUAAAAGAGGUUGAAUUAGUUGAAGAAAGCCAAGAAGGAAAAGUUGAAAGUAUGACAGAAUCUUUCACUUUUCAAGUCCCAGAAUCAGAAUUUGAGACAACUGAACUCGAUUUGCAGCCAUCUCAAGAUACCGAAAUGACCAUCCAUCUUGAAGCAUCUCCAGAGGAUGUUGAAAUGAAAGAGACUACUACAAGCGCUAUAGAAACAGUCACAGAUGAAAUUUUUUAUGAUGCACCGGAAUCACAAAUGGAAGAAAUAACUCUUGAAAUUGACAAAACACCUAAAAAAGAAGUGAAUCUGACUUUGAAAAUUCCAGAAAAGGAAAAGCAAACUAUUGUAACUGAAGAGCAAACAACUAUGAAAGAAAGUUUGACAACAAGAGAAGUAUUCAAUGUAGAAAUCCCAGAAGGUCACAGUGCCCCGAUGUUUACAUGGGGCUUAACCUCACUGAAGGUAAUGGAUGGUGAGGAGGCAAAGUUCAGAUGCGAAGUCACAGCAGAACCAAUGCCAGAAAUAUCUUGGUUCCAUGAUGACAAACCACUCGCAGAAACCCAGGAUUUCAAAUUGACUUUUGAUGCGGAAAGUGGAGCCUGUACUUUAUUGAUUGUGGAGGUUUUUCCACAGGAUGCAGGGGAAUAUCGUUGUGAAGCAGUAAAUCCUUAUGGAAAGGCAAUCACUAGAGGGUAUUUGGAGGUAGAAGCUUAUGAAUAUGUACCAGACACAGAAGAAGCCUCUGACUCUGUGAUGUCUUCACUAGACACUGCUUCACCCAGACCUCUGACAGAAUCUGACUCGGAAAUGUCAACAUUGCCAAAGGAAAUUCUGGAAGAGAUGAGAAAAAUGCAGGAAAAAAUGGAAAUUGACAUUGACGAGGAAGAAGCUGGAGAACUUACUCCAACAGAAACUGAAUAUCUUAAACCUGAUGAAACUGAAUUGAACCUUCAGAAGCCAGGUGUUGAGACCUCUGAGUUCAAAUCCCAGCCAAUUACAGAGACGACUUUGGAGACGUCAACAGAAAUACCAGAAGUUUCAAAGCUAUCAAGUUCCGUAACAGAUAUUCCUGAACAAAAAACCCAAGCUGACAUAUCUGAAGAAAAGGAAUCCUUAGCUACACCAUCUCGAUUAAAGAGUGACAAAACUGACAUUUCUGAAAUUGAGGCACCAGAGAGCAAAGAAUCAACCGUAACAGAGGUUGAGGUUAAUCUAAACAAAGUGUCAAAGGAGACUGUAGAAUCCAAAGCAAUUUCUCAAGAUCUUCUGGAAAAAACAGAUGAUGUGUCACCAGUUGUCUCAGAAAGCUCAAAGGAGAUUGUUAUUGACACAAAACUUGAGAUGCCUUCAAAAGAGAGCUUAACAAUGAAAACAGAAAUUCAAUCUGAAAAAUUAGAUGAAUCAGAAUUAUCAACUGUUGCAGAUGUUAAAAGUGAUCUGAUCACUUCUUCUGAAGUACCUCAUGAAUUGCAAGUUACAGAUUCUGGGAAGCCAGUAGAGUCCAAGGUUGAAAUUGAGGCAGCAGAAACUGGUCCCACACUCACAGAUGUUGCUGAAAUUCAACUUGUCAAGACAAAGCUUGCAGAGGAAGCUUUCCCAGAGGUAGAAAAACCAGAAGAACAAAUUACAGAAGUCAAGGAAGCACCAACCACAGAGGUAAAGGAGAAAGCAUCACCAGAGGAAACAAAACCUGCCGAGUCUUCAAAAGAAGAGAUUACAAUUACUGUAACACCUGUUGAAGGAAAGGAGACACCAAUUUUUGUAUCAACAGCUGAGCAUGAGCCACCAAAAUUUCUACUUCCACUUAGGGAUGUUACAGUUAUGGAGAGCACCACACUUAGACUUGAGGUGACAUUUACAGGUUCAGCAGAGAUUGUUGUUAAGUGGUACCUUGAUGGGGAGGAAAUAAUACCAUCAGAGGACAUUGAUAUUAUUGUGGAGAGCUAUAGAAGUGUGCUAGUCAUCCACCAAGUCUUUCCCGAAGAUGAGGGUGAAUAUUGGGUAGAAUGCAUUAAUAACGAAGGGAAGGCCAAGUCAACUGCAUAUCUUACAGUUCUACCAUCAAGUGCACCAUCUAGUGCUGUUCCAUCUGAUGAUGAGUCUGCAAGGGAGGCAUAUUCCCAGCCAUCUGAAAUUGAAAAGGAAAUACCAGCUCCUAGAGAUGAAAAGAAAGUGACUUUUAGAGAGACCGUUGAUGUUUGUGAAACUUAUAUGGAUGAAUUCUCAACAACCGAAGAAGAGUCCCAGAUGGAAGAGGUGUCAUCAGAGGAAGAACCUUUCCCAGAGGAAGAGGAUUGGUUUAAAGAAAAGGCUCAGGAAGUUGUACCUCAUGUGAAAGAAAGCAAAAUAGAUGAAAACGAGGAUCAGACAACUUUAUCCAAAGAAACCUUCGAACAGUCAAAUAUAGAAUUUAUACCAGAGAAAAAACCUUCUGUCAAUCUUCUUCCUGAAGUAGCUAUCUCAGAGGUUGAAGCACCCUUGGAAGAAACAAUAAUUGAAGAGAGGGAAACAGUUGAAAAAACAUCAGAUAAAUCAAGUGAAAUUGAAUCAUUGGAGAAGGUAAAACAGGACACGGAAAAAGAAUCAGUGGAUAUUGUUAGGGAAGAGACUAAACCUCUUGAACCUUCUUAUGCGGAAACUGCCGAAAUUUUCCCAAAGGAAGAAGAAAAACCAACAACAGAAUUGACUACAAAGAGCAUUGAGAUAAAGCCUGAAGCUGGCCCUGUGACUGUUGAGAUCGAUAUAUCUGUUCCUAAAGAAAAAGCAGAAGUUUCCACAAUUAAAACAACUACAAAAGAAGAUGUUGUUGAAACAGAGGAAAUUACAGAGGAGGUUGAAGAAAUGAAGGAGGAUAUCACUUCAUCAACUGAAACUUACAAACAAUCUGUUGAAUUAGUUCCCGAGAAACAACCUUCGGCUGAUAUUUUUCCUGAAGAUGUCUCAGAGGUUAGAGCACCCUUGGAGGAAACAAUAAUGGAAGAAAGAGAAACAGUCGAAAAAACACCAGAGGAAUCAAGCCAAAUUGAAACCACAGAGAAGGUGAAAGAGGUCCCAGAAGAAGAAUCCAUGGAAGUUGUGAAGGAAGAGACUAAACCUGUUGAACCUUCUUAUGCGGAAACUGUUGAAAUUUUACCAAAGGAAGAAAAACCAAUAACUAAAUUGACUACAAAGAGUAUUGAGAUAAAGCCUGAAGCUGGCCCUGUGGCUGUGGAGAUCGAUAUUUCAGUACCUAAAGAAAAAGCAGAAGUUUCCACAAUUGAAACAACUACAAAAGAAGAGGUUGUUGAAACAGAGGAAAUCACAGAAGAGGUUGAAGAAGUGAAGGAGGAUAUCACUUCAUCAACUGAAACUUACAAACAAUCUGUUGAAUUAGUUCCCGAGAAACAACCUUCGGCUGAUAUUCUUCCUGAAGAAGCUGUCUCAGAGGUUGAAGCACCCUUGGAGGAAACAAUAACGGAAGAAAGAGAAACAGUCGAAAAAAUGCCAGAGGAAUCAAGCCAAAUUGAAACCACAGAGAAGGUGAAAGAGGCCCCAGAAGAAGAAUCCAUGGAUGUUGUGAAGGAAGAGACUAAACCUGUUGAACCUUCUUAUGCAGAAACAGUCGAAAAAAUGCCAGAGGAAUCAAGCCAAAUUGAAACCACAGAGAAGGUGAAAGAGGCCCCAGAAGAAGAAUCCAUGGAUGUUGUGAAGGAAGAGACUAAACCUGUUGAACCUUCUUAUGCGGAAACUGUUGAAAUUUUACCAAAGGAAGAAGAAAAACCAAUAACUGAAUUGACUACAAAGAGUAUUGAGAUAAAGCCUGAAGCUGGCCCUGUGGCUGUGGAGAUCGAUAUUUCUGUACCUAAAGAAAAAGCAGAAGUUUCCACAAUUGAAACAACUACAAAAGAAGAGGUUGUUGAAACAGAGGAAAUCACAGAAGAGGUUGAAGAAGUGAAGGAGGAUAUCACUUCAUCAACUGAAACUUACAAGCAAUCUGUUGAAUUAGUUCCGGAGAAACAACCUUCGGCUGAUAUUCUUCCUGAAGAAGCUGUCUCAGAGGUUGAAGCACCCUUGGAGGAAACAAUAACGGAAGAAAGAGAAACAGUCGAAAAAAUGCCAGAGGAAUCAAGCCAAAUUGAAACCACAGAGAAGGUGAAAGAGGCCCCAGAAGAAGAAUCCAUGGAUGUUGUGAAGGAAGAGACUAAACCUGUUGAACCUUCUUAUGCGGAAACUGUUGAAAUUUUACCAAAGGAAGAAGAAAAACCAAUAACUGAAUUGACUACAAAGAGUAUUGAGAUAAAGCCUGAAGCUGGCCCUGUGGCUGUGGAGAUCGAUAUUUCAGUACCUAAAGAAAAAGCAGAAGUUUCCACAAUUGAAACAACUACAAAAGAAGAGGUUGUUGAAACAGAGGAAAUCACAGAAGAGGUUGAAGAAGUGAAGGAGGAUAUCACUUCAUCAACUGAAACUUACAAACAAUCUGUUGAAUUAGAAGCUGUCUCAGAGGUUGAAGCACCCUUGGAGGAGAAACAACCUUCGGCCAUGGAAGUUGUGAAGGAAGAGACUAUAUUCUUCCUGAAGAAGCUAACUCUCAGAGUUCCAGAGGAAUCAAGCCAAAUUGAAACCACAGAGAAGGAAACAGUGAAAAAACACCAGGAAUCAAGCCCAGAAGAAGAAUCCAUGGAUGUUGUGAAGGAAGAGACUAAACCUGUUGAACCUUCUUAUGCGGAAACUGUUGAAAUUUUACCAAAGGAAGAAGAAAAACCAAUAACUGAAUUGACUACAAAGAGUAUUGAGAUAAAGCCUGAAGCUGGCCCUGUGGCUGUGGAGAUCGAUAUUUCAGUACCUAAAGAAAAAGCAGAAGUUUCCACAAUUGAAACAACUACAAAAGAAGAGGUUGUUGAAACAGAGGAAAUCACAGAAGAGGUUGAAGAAGUGAAGGAGGAUAUCACUUCAUCAACUGAAACUUACAAACAAUCUGUUGAAUUAGUUCCCGAGAAACAACCUUCGGCUGAUAUUCUUCCUGAAGAAGCUGUCUCAGAGGUUGAAGCACCCUUGGAGGAAACAAUAAUGGAAGAAAGAGAAACAGUCGAAAAAACACCAGAGGAAUCAAGCCAAAUUGAAACCACAGAGAAGGUGAAAGAGGUCCCAGAAGAAGAAUCCAUGGAUGUUGUGAAGGAAGAGACUAAACCUGUUGAACCUUCUUAUGCGGAAACUGUUGAAAUUUUACCAAAGGAAGAAGAAAAACCAAUAACUGAAUUGACUACAAAGAGUAUUGAGAUAAAGCCUGAAGCUGGCCCUGUGGCUGUGGAGAUCGAUAUUUCUGUUCCUAAAGAAAAAGCAGAAGUUUCCACAAUUGAAACAACUACAAAAGAAGAGGUUGUUGAAACAGAGGAAAUCACAGAAGAGGUUGAAGAAAUGAAGGAGGAUAUCACUUCAUCAACUGAAACUUACAAACAAUCUGUUGAAUUAGUUCCUUCGGCUGAUAUUCUUCCUGAAGAAGCUGUCUCAGAGGUUGAAGCACCCUUGGAGGAAACAAUAGUGGAAGAAAGAGAAACAGUCAAAAGAAUGCCAGAGGAAUCAAGUCAAACUGAAACCACAGAGAAGGUGAAAGAGGUCCCAGAAGAGGAAUCCAUGGAUGUUGUGAAGGAAGAGACUAAACCUGUUGAAAUUUUUUUACCAAAGGAAGAAGAAAAACCUAUAACUGAAUUUACUACGAAGAGUAUUGAGAUAAAGCCUGAAGCUGGCCCUGUGGCUGUGGAGAUCGAUAUUUCUGUACCUAAAGAAAAAGCAGAAGUUUCCACAAUUGAAACAACUACAAAAGAAGAGGUUGUUGAAACAGAGGAAAUCACAGAAGAGGUUGAAGAAGUGAAGGAGGAUAUCACUUCAUCAACUGAAACUUACAAACAAUCUGUUGAAUUAGUUCCAGAGAAACAACCUUCGGCUGAUAUUCUUCCUGAAGAAGCUGUCUCAGAGGUUGAAGCACCCUUGGAGGAAACAAUAAUGGAAGAAAGAGAAACAGUCGAAAAAACACUAGAGGAAUCAAGCCAAAUUGAAAUCACAGAGAAGGUGAAAGAGGUCCCAGAAGAAGAAUCCAUGGAUGUUGUGAAGGAAGAGACUAAACCUGUUGAACCUUCUUAUGCGGAAACUGUUGAAAUUUUACCAAAGGAAGAAGAAAAACCAAUAACUGAAUUGACUACAAAGAGUAUUGAGAUAAAGCCUGAAGCUGGCCCUGUGGCUGUGGAGAUCGAUAUUUCAGUACCUAAAGAAAAAGCAGAAGUUUCCACAAUUGAAACAACUACAAAAGAAGAGGUUGUUGAAACAGAGGAAAUCACAGAAGAGGUUGAAGAAGUGAAGGAGGAUAUCACUUCAUCAACUGAAACUUACAAACAAUCUGUUGAAUUAGUUCCGGAGAAACAACCUUCGACAGAGAAGGUGAAAGAGGCCCCAGAAAAAGAAUCCAUGGAUGUUGUGAAGGAAGAAACUAAACCUGUUGAACCUUCUUAUGCAGAAACUGUUGAAAUUUUACCAAAGGAAGAAGAAAAACUGAUAUUCUUCCUGAAGAAGCUGUCUCAGAGAGAAGGUGAAAGAGGCCCAGAAGAAGAAUCCAUGGAUGUUGUGAAGAAAGAGACUAAACCUGUUGAACCUUCUUAUGCGGAAACUGUUGAAAUUUUACCAAAGGAAGAAGAAAAACCAAUAACUGAAUUGACUACAAAGAGUAUUGAGAUAAAGCCUGAAGCUGGCCCUGUGGCUGUGGAGAUCGAUAUUUCAGUACCUAAAGAAAAAGCAGAAGUUUCCACAAUUGAAACAACUACAAAAGAAGAGGUUGUUGAAACAGAGGAAAUCACAGAAGAGGUUGAAGAAGUGAAGGAGGAUAUCACUUCAUCAACUGAAACUUACAAACAAUCUGUUGAAUUAGUUCCCGAGAAACAACCUUCGGCUGAUAUUCUUCCUGAAGAAGCUGUCUCAGAGGUUGAAGCACCCUUGGAGGAAACAAUAACGGAAGAAAGAGAAACAGUCGAAAAAACACCAGAGGAAUCAAGCCAAAUUGAAACCACAGAGAAGGUGAAAGAGGCCCCAGAAGAAGAAUCCAUGGAUGUUGUGAAGGAAGAGACUAAACCUGUUGAACCUUCUUAUGCAGAAACUGUUGAAAUUUUACCAAAGGAAGAAGAAAAACCAAUAACUGAAUUGACUACAAAGAGUAUUGAGAUAAAGCCUGAAGCUGGCCCUGUGGCUGUGGAGAUCGAUAUUUCUGUUCCUAAAGAAAAAGCAGAAGUUUCCACAAUUGAAACAACUACAAAAGAAGAGGUUGUUGAAACAGAGGAAAUCACAGAAGAAGUUGAAGAAAAGGAGGAUAUCACUUCAUCAACUGAAACUUACAAACAAUCUGUUGAAUUAGUUCCCGAGAAACAACCUUCGGCUGAUAUUCUUCCUGAAGAAGCUGUCUCAGGGGUUGAAGCGCCCUUGGAGGAAACAAUAAUGGAAGAAAGAGAAACAGUCCACAAAGUACCAGUGGAAUCAAGCCUAUUUGAAACCACAGAGUAUGUGAAAGAGGCCCCAGAAGAAGAAUCCAAGGAAAUUGUCAGGGAACAGCCUAAGCCUGUAGAACCUUCUUAUGCAGAAACUGUUGAAAUUUUACCAAAGGAAGAAGAAAAACCAUUAACAGCAGAUGUGCAAAACAGGGCAGAUAUUCUAGAUAGUGAUACUGUCUAUUCUUUUGCUGAAGUGUUUUCAAAAGAUGUUAUCAAGACUGUUUUGAUGCAGGAAAGAGAAAUUUCAAAACUCAUCCCUGAAGACCUGCAACAAGAUUUAAAUACAGCCGAGUUUAAAAUCACUGCACCAUAUGAUACAUUAGAACAAACUGAUGAUGAAAAAGAGAAAUUGAAUGCUGAAGAAACUACCGAGAAAGUUUUAACUUUUAAAUCAUAUGAAGAAGAGAAAAAAGUGACAAAAGUGACUUCAGAAGAUGAUAGUGAUGAAUUGAAAGUAACUGAAGACUUACAAGAAGAAACUGUCGCAGUUGCAACCAGUGAUAUUAAUAAACCAAUUUUAGAGACAACAGUUUCAGAAGUGAGUGUACCAUAUGACACAAGUGAAGAAACAAAAGUUCAGUUAUCAUCAGAAGUAAAAGAAACACCUGAGUUGGAAAUAACAGAGGUACCUAAAAAGGUUACUGAAUUUGAGACCAUUGUUUCUCCUUUCACUCAAACAGAUCUUACCAAAGAAAUUCAAGAAAUUGGUGAAAAAGAAUGGGAUAUUGCAAAAGAAACAGUCGUAGGUGAAGUUACUGAAAAAACAUCACAAGAAAUUCAGACUUCUGAAAUUCUUCCAGUCCAAGAAUAUGUGGGAGAAAUGAGUCCAAAAGACCUGGAAGAAAAGAAAAAAUCUUCUGCAAUAACAGUAACUGAAGAAACAAGCACAAAAUCUCCAGUUACAGAAGUCACUGUUCCAUGUGACACAAUAGAUAACUUUAAACAGUCAAAAGAACUUGCUAAAGAGAACAUUGAACAAGGUGUUUCUGCAUACACUGUGGAACAAGGAAAGGAAGAAUCUAGAAUAGCCCCAGGUAAAGAACUCAGAGACCUUGAAGAUUCUGAAAACAUUGAAGAAAAACUUAGUAAUAAAAUAGAAUUUGAGGUAACCCAACCAAUCCGACAGGUACUGGUCAAGAAGGAGGAUAUCUCUCAUGAAAUACCAGAGACAUUUGAAGAAGAAACGCUCUCUGCAGCAGAUGAAAAGGUUGUUGAAAAAACAGAAAAAGAAAUAACUGAAAUCAGUGAAGUUUCUCAAGUUUUACCAACAGAAGAAUCUUUAAGCUAUGGAGACAGUAAAUCUAUUGAAGAGAUCCCCAUCUCUACAACAUCUGUAGAUACUGUUAUGAGUACUCUUGACACAGCUGUAUCUGAGGUUAAUGUACUCAGGGAUGAUGUAGCAGAGCUAGAGGAAGAAAGAAAACACAUGGCUGAGAAAGAAAUCUUAAAUGUUGAAAUAGGAACUGUCUCAGAGGAAAAAGAGAAAGAAACACAGGUUUCUAUAUCUGAUGAGUCACUGACUCAAACUCAAAAAGACUUAGAUUCUAUUGAGGAAAAUAUUGUUACUCAUGCAGUUAUUGAUACAGAAAAACCAACUCAAGAAACACCAAUUUCAGAAGUAAUUCUGCCUUGUGACAUUGCUGGUGGAAGUGUAGAUGAAAUAAAAAGUCUUAAAGUUCAAAGAAUGGUUGAAGAAGAUAUUGAAGAAAAAACCACAGAAUCUAGACCAGAAUCACUGGCAGUUUUAUCUGAGGAAUUUGUGGAGGCAGAUGAAUCAGAAUCAAGGAACGGCAAACCUACAGCUGAAGCAAAUGUUGAACUAACAAAACCAAAUCUUGAAACAGCCGUUACUGAAGUAAGUGUUGCAUUUGACACAUUGGAGACAUCUGAAGAUAAAGAAGAAGGAGUCAGUACUUUAGAAAGAACUGAGAAGUAUGUUUUGCAAAGUACAGCUGAAGAGGAUGAAAAAGAAUCCUUUGUAGUGCAAUCAAAAGAAGAUGUCGGCACCGAAGGAUCCUCAUUAUUAGAAGAAGUAGCACCUACUGAAGCAAAAUAUGUCAAAGAACAAAGGGAAGUAGAUGCAAUUCUUACUGAAGAAAUCCUUCCUGUUGAUGUUACUUCUGAAAAAGAGGAAGAAAGUUCAGUAUCAGUAGAUGAAUCUAUUACAGAAAAGGCCACCAUAGAAAAAGCUGUGAAGGAACAAGAAGAAACCAUUCCUGUUACUGAAGAGAUGUAUAAUGAACUAGGUGAAUUUGAUUCUAUUCAGAGUGAAGUAACAUCAGCAACUGAAAAGGUAGUCGAUGUUUCAUCUGAAGUACAAACAGCUGUAGAAUCUAAAAUGAGCAGUGAAGUAUCAACAAUGGAAGAAGAAGUAAUUGAAGACACCACAGUUCCACUGGAUGAGUACAACAAUGAAGAAAUAAUUGAAAAACAAGAACAAGAAACAAAGGAAAAAACCGAAGUGCAUCCUGAAGUUCCAUCAAUGUCUUCUUUUGAAGAGGAAGUCUUAUCUGAUGAAAUACUAGAGAAAACAGAUAUGAAUGAGAUAAAGAAACUUGCAGAAAAUUUUGUUGAGCAAAUUUUCCUUGAUGCUGUCAAGGAAUUAAAUGAACCCACAAAGGUUACUGAAGGAACUCUUCAAGAAACAACACAAAACGUACAAGAGACAAGCUUAGAAGUAACUGCUACUGGUGUAGAAAUGACAGAAGAAGACAAGAUUAUUGAAAGUAAAGAAUUAAAAUUUACUGAUAAACAAGAAAUAGUUGAACAGGAAAUUCCUGAAGAAAUUCUAUCUGAGGAAACUACGCAAGAACAGAUGAAACCUGAGGAAAAGCAAGAACAAGAAAAAGUUGAAAUGAACCUGACUGUCGAUACCAGUGAUAACAAAUUUGUCGAAAGCACUGAAAUUCCACUACCCAGAUUCAUUAGCAAGCUGGAAAACAUCACUACUACCGAAGGUUCUUCGUUGUCACUACGUGUUGAGUUCGAACAAUCUGAUGAUAUUAUAGCUGAAUGGUUCUUGGAUAAUUCACCGCUCACAAAUUCUGAGGACAUUGAAAUAGUGACAGAAAAUAAUUCAACGACUUUGUUAAUACAUGAUGUUUUACCAGAAGAUGAAGGAGAGUACAAAGUCAUUCUUCAGAACCGAGCUGGUAUCUCUCAAUCUUAUUGCUACAUCACAGUUCUCAGCCCUGAUGAAGAGAAACCAAAAGAGAGACCCCAGCCUGUAGUACGUGAAGUAGCUAAGGCAGAAGAAAUCAGCCAGGCUACAGCUGAGGUGACAGAGAAACCUGAAUCUGUGACUGUUGAGAUGGACAUCGCAGAAGUACCUGAGACAAGCACAGCUGAGGUUUUGCUCACAAAACCAGAACAGAUAGUUAGCUCUGACCAGUCAUCCAUUGAGAUAACUCUAGGCAGUACCCAAAAACCUGAAGUGGAAAAAACAACCGAGGAAGAUCUAGCCUUGAAUGAGGUUGAAUAUGACAUUACAGUGAAAGACAAGGGGGUUGCUGAAGCUCCCCGUUUCAAAAAGACCCUCCAUCAACAGUUUGAGGCUGUUGAAGGAUCAUCAAUAGCAAUUGAAUGUGAAGUAGCUGGAGAGGAGACACCAGUUGUAACAUGGUACCAGGAUGAAGAGCCUAUCACUCCAGAUGAGCACUUUGUUACAGAAUUUGAACACGGUGUGUGCCGCCUGACUAUUCGCAACGUGUUCCUUGAGGAUGAAGCAGAGUACAAGUGUGAGGCUCGUACUAGUCAUGGUGUCAUCAGUACUGUUACAGAACUUUUCGUGGAAAAAGAGCUUCCCAAGAGUGAAGAGGAAGCUCAGCCCUUGCCAGAGGUCAAAGAAAAACCAGAUUUAUUGGAGGGUCUAGAUGUACAGGCCACAGAAAAGUUGGCCCCAGAAAAAUCUGAAAUCACACCAAUUGAAUCCACAGGAAGUGAUGUUAUCACUUCUGAGACGGAGGAAGUUUCUUUCGAGAUUGUGUCUGCGGAGUCGGCUGAAACUGCUCCGCUGGAAAUCACAGUUCAGACUGAGUCAGCUCAUCCUGAGAAGACAGGGGUCCCUCUGAAGGCAGCAGUUCCAGAGGUCUCUGAGGUCGUUGCCAAGGAGACUGAGGAAAUGAUUAGUGAGGAUGUAAAUCAAGAGACACCUAGGGAGGAAGUCAUUACAGAAAAGGAACUGCUCAGGCCUGAAGAGGAACUCCCUGUAUCACAGAAAAAGGAAUUGGAGAUAAGUUUCGAUGAAAAGGAUGAAGCUGCACCUGAAAUCCCCAAAGGGGAAGCACCUGUUUUUACUUCAGUGUUAAGAAAAAUAGCUGUUCCAGAAGGGAAACCUGCCCAAUUUAGGUGUGUUGUCACUGGAAUCCCACGACCAAAUAUUGUUUGGCUGUUGGAUGAUGCAGUGAUAGAAGAUUCAACAACAUACCAGACUGAGUAUAACUCAGAUGGAACAUGUACACUGACUAUAGACAAAACAAUCAAAGAGGAUGAAGGUGAAUAUGUUUGCCAAGCCACAAACCAGGAGGGUGCUGCAUCCACUAUGGCUGAGCUGGUUUUAAUAGACAUAAUUUUCAUUUGGAAAUCCUUUAUUCAGAUGCAGAGAACCUUAAAUCUUAUAAAUCCCUCUGAGGAAGUCAAAGCAGAACUGGGUGUGGAAGAAGCCCCUGAAGUCGUUGAGGAGGAAGCCGAGGCCGAAUUCGCUCCCUCUGAAAAGAGGGCAGAGGAAGUGGGUGUUGAACUCACAGCUGAGCAAGCUGCUGAGAUGGCCAAGACCGAAAUCACUGAGGAAGUGAAACCCACUGAAGCACCCAAAGAGAAAGUGGGCAUAGAAAUCACCGCUGCUGAGACAGUCGAGGCGGUGGAAGAGAAACCCACUGCUGAAAUCCCGGCGCCUGAAGAACAGGCUGUACAAAUAGCAGUCAGCGCCGAGGAGAUAGCAAAGGAAGAAGUCUCACUCGAAAUCGAAACCAAAGAACAACCCGAAACUGAAAUGAUUGUAGAAAUUCCAGAGGAGAAACCCUCUGAGGAAGUCAAAGCAGAACUGGGUGUGGAAGAAGCCCCUGAAGUCGUUGAGGAGGAAGCCGAGGCCGAAUUCGCUCCCUCUGAAAAGAGGGCAGAGGAAGUGGGUGUUGAACUCACAGCUGAGCAAGCUGCUGAGAUCGCCAAGACCGAAAUCACUGAGGAAGUGAAACCCACUGAAGCACCCAAAGAGAAAGUGGGCAUAGAAAUCACCGCUGCUGAGACAGUCGAGGCGGUGGAAGAGAAACCCACUGCUGAAAUCCCGGCGCCUGAAGAACAGGCUGUACAAAUAGCAGUCAGCGCCGAGGAGAGGCCAAAGGAAGAAGUCUCACUCGAAAUCGAAACCAAAGAACAACCCGAAACUGAAAUGAUUGUAGAAAUUCCAGAGGAGAAACCCUCUGAGGAAGUCAAAGCAGAACUGGGUGUGGAAGAAGCCCCUGAAGUCGUUGAGGAGGAAGCCGAGGCCGAAUUCGCUCCCUCUGAAAAGAGGGCAGAGGAAGUGGGUGUUGAACUCACAGCUGAGCAAGCUGCUGAGAUCGCCAAGACCGAAAUCACUGAGGAAGUGAAACCCACUGAAGCACCCAAAGAGAAAGUGGGCAUAGAAAUCACCGCUGCUGAGACAGUCGAGGCGGUGGAAGAGAAACCCACUGCUGAAAUCCCGGCGCCUGAAGAACAGGCUGUACAAAUAGCAGUCAGCGCCGAGGAGAGGCCAAAGGAAGAAGUCUCACUCGAAAUCGAAACCAAAGAACAACCCGAAACUGAAAUGAUUGUAGAAAUUCCAGAGGAGAAACCCUCUGAGGAAGUCAAAGCAGAACUGGGUGUGGAAGAAGCCCCUGAAGUCGUUGAGGAGGAAGCCGAGGCCGAAUUCGCUCCCUCUGAAAAGAGGGCAGAGGAAGUGGGUGUUGAACUCACAGCUGAGCAAGCUGCUGAGAUCGCCAAGACCGAAAUCACUGAGGAAGUGAAACCCACUGAAGCACCCAAAGAGAAAGUGGGCAUAGAAAUCACCGCUGCUGAGACAGUCGAGGCGGUGGAAGAGAAACCCACUGCUGAAAUCCCGGCGCCUGAAGAACAGGCUGUACAAAUAGCAGUCAGCGCCGAGGAGAGGCCAAAGGAAGAAGUCUCACUCGAAAUCGAAACCAAAGAACAACCCGAAACUGAAAUGAUUGUAGAAAUUCCAGAGGAGAAACCCUCUGAGGAAGUCAAAGCAGAACUGGGUGUGGAAGAAGCCCCUGAAGUCGUUGAGGAGGAAGCCGAGGCCGAAUUCGCUCCCUCUGAAAAGAGGGCAGAGGAAGUGGGUGUUGAACUCACAGCUGAGCAAGCUGCUGAGAUCGCCAAGACCGAAAUCACUGAGGAAGUGAAACCCACUGAAGCACCCAAAGAGAAAGUGGGCAUAGAAAUCACCGCUGCUGAGACAGUCGAGGCGGUGGAAGAGAAACCCACUGCUGAAAUCCCGGCGCCUGAAGAACAGGCUGUACAAAUAGCAGUCAGCGCCGAGGAGAGGCCAAAGGAAGAAGUCUCACUCGAAAUCGAAACCAAAGAACAACCCGAAACUGAAAUGAUUGUAGAAAUUCCAGAGGAGAAACCCUCUGAGGAAGUCAAAGCAGAACUGGGUGUGGAAGAAGCCCCUGAAGUCGUUGAGGAGGAAGCCGAGGCCGAAUUCGCUCCCUCUGAAAAGAGGGCAGAGGAAGUGGGUGUUGAACUCACAGCUGAGCAAGCUGCUGAGAUCGCCAAGACCGAAAUCACUGAGGAAGUGAAACCCACUGAAGCACCCAAAGAGAAAGUGGGCAUAGAAAUCACCGCUGCUGAGACAGUCGAGGCGGUGGAAGAGAAACCCACUGCUGAAAUCCCGGCGCCUGAAGAACAGGCUGUACAAAUAGCAGUCAGCGCCGAGGAGAGGCCAAAGGAAGAAGUCUCACUCGAAAUCGAAACCAAAGAACAACCCGAAACUGAAAUGAUUGUAGAAAUUCCAGAGGAGAAACCCUCUGAGGAAGUCAAAGCAGAACUGGGUGUGGAAGAAGCCCCUGAAGUCGUUGAGGAGGAAGCCGAGGCCGAAUUCGCUCCCUCUGAAAAGAGGGCAGAGGAAGUGGGUGUUGAACUCACAGCUGAGCAAGCUGCUGAGAUCGCCAAGACCGAAAUCACUGAGGAAGUGAAACCCACUGAAGCACCCAAAGAGAAAGUGGGCAUAGAAAUCACCGCUGCUGAGACAGUCGAGGCGGUGGAAGAGAAACCCACUGCUGAAAUCCCGGCGCCUGAAGAACAGGCUGUACAAAUAGCAGUCAGCGCCGAGGAGAGGCCAAAGGAAGAAGUCUCACUCGAAAUCGAAACCAAAGAACAACCCGAAACUGAAAUGAUUGUAGAAAUUCCAGAGGAGAAACCCUCUGAGGAAGUCAAAGCAGAACUGGGUGUGGAAGAAGCCCCUGAAGUCGUUGAGGAGGAAGCCGAGGCCGAAUUCGCUCCCUCUGAAAAGAGGGCAGAGGAAGUGGGUGUUGAACUCACAGCUGAGCAAGCUGCUGAGAUCGCCAAGACCGAAAUCACUGAGGAAGUGAAACCCACUGAAGCACCCAAAGAGAAAGUGGGCAUAGAAAUCACCGCUGCUGAGACAGUCGAGGCGGUGGAAGAGAAACCCACUGCUGAAAUCCCGGCGCCUGAAGAACAGGCUGUACAAAUAGCAGUCAGCGCGGAGGAGUGGCUAAAGGAAGAAGUCUCACUCGAAAUCGAAACCAAAGAACAACCCGAAACUGAAAUGAUUGUAGAAAUUCCAGAGGAGAAACCCUCUGAGGAAGUCAAAGCAGAACUGGGUGUGGAAGAAGCCCCUGAAGUCGUUGAGGAGGAAGCCGAGGCCGAAUUCGCUCCCUCUGAAAAGAGGGCAGAGGAAGUGGGUGUUGAACUCACAGCUGAGCAAGCUGCUGAGAUCGCCAAGACCGAAAUCACUGAGGAAGUGAAACCCACUGAAGCACCCAAAGAGAAAGUGGGCAUAGAAAUCACCGCUGCUGAGACAGUCGAGGCGGUGGAAGAGAAACCCACUGCUGAAAUCCCGGCGCCUGAAGAACAGGCUGUACAAAUAGCAGUCAGCGCCGAGGAGAGGCCAAAGGAAGAAGUCUCACUCGAAAUCGAAACCAAAGAACAACCCGAAACUGAAAUGAUUGUAGAAAUUCCAGAGGAGAAACCCUCUGAGGAAGUCAAAGCAGAACUGGGUGUGGAAGAAGCCCCUGAAGUCGUUGAGGAGGAAGCCGAGGCCGAAUUCGCUCCCUCUGAAAAGAGGGCAGAGGAAGUGGGUGUUGAACUCACAGCUGAGCAAGCUGCUGAGAUCGCCAAGACCGAAAUCACUGAGGAAGUGAAACCCACUGAAGCACCCAAAGAGAAAGUGGGCAUAGAAAUCACCGCUGCUGAGACAGUCGAGGCGGUGGAAGAGAAACCCACUGCUGAAAUCCCGGCGCCUGAAGAACAGGCUGUACAAAUAGCAGUCAGCGCCGAGGAGAGGCCAAAGGAAGAAGUCUCACUCGAAAUCGAAACCAAAGAACAACCCGAAACUGAAAUGAUUGUAGAAAUUCCAGAGGAGAAACCCUCUGAGGAAGUCAAAGCAGAACUGGGUGUGGAAGAAGCCCCUGAAGUCGUUGAGGAGGAAGCCGAGGCCGAAUUCGCUCCCUCUGAAAAGAGGGCAGAGGAAGUGGGUGUUGAACUCACAGCUGAGCAAGCUGCUGAGAUCGCCAAGACCGAAAUCACUGAGGAAGUGAAACCCACUGAAGCACCCAAAGAGAAAGUGGGCAUAGAAAUCACCGCUGCUGAGACAGUCGAGGCGGUGGAAGAGAAACCCACUGCUGAAAUCCCGGCGCCUGAAGAACAGGCUGUACAAAUAGCAGUCAGCGCCGAGGAGAGGCCAAAGGAAGAAGUCUCACUCGAAAUCGAAACCAAAGAACAACCCGAAACUGAAAUGAUUGUAGAAAUUCCAGAGGAGAAACCCUCUGAGGAAGUCAAAGCAGAACUGGGUGUGGAAGAAGCCCCUGAAGUCGUUGAGGAGGAAGCCGAGGCCGAAUUCGCUCCCUCUGAAAAGAGGGCAGAGGAAGUGGGUGUUGAACUCACAGCUGAGCAAGCUGCUGAGAUCGCCAAGACCGAAAUCACUGAGGAAGUGAAACCCACUGAAGCACCCAAAGAGAAAGUGGGCAUAGAAAUCACCGCUGCUGAGACAGUCGAGGCGGUGGAAGAGAAACCCACUGCUGAAAUCCCGGCGCCUGAAGAACAGGCUGUACAAAUAGCAGUCAGCGCCGAGGAGAGGCCAAAGGAAGAAGUCUCACUCGAAAUCGAAACCAAAGAACAACCCGAAACUGAAAUGAUUGUAGAAAUUCCAGAGGAGAAACCCUCUGAGGAAGUCAAAGCAGAACUGGGUGUGGAAGAAGCCCCUGAAGUCGUUGAGGAGGAAGCCGAGGCCGAAUUCGCUCCCUCUGAAAAGAGGGCAGAGGAAGUGGGUGUUGAACUCACAGCUGAGCAAGCUGCUGAGAUCGCCAAGACCGAAAUCACUGAGGAAGUGAAACCCACUGAAGCACCCAAAGAGAAAGUGGGCAUAGAAAUCACCGCUGCUGAGACAGUCGAGGCGGUGGAAGAGAAACCCACUGCUGAAAUCCCGGCGCCUGAAGAACAGGCUGUACAAAUAGCAGUCAGCGCCGAGGAGAGGCCAAAGGAAGAAGUCUCACUCGAAAUCGAAACCAAAGAACAACCCGAAACUGAAAUGAUUGUAGAAAUUCCAGAGGAGAAACCCUCUGAGGAAGUCAAAGCAGAACUGGGUGUGGAAGAAGCCCCUGAAGUCGUUGAGGAGGAAGCCGAGGCCGAAUUCGCUCCCUCUGAAAAGAGGGCAGAGGAAGUGGGUGUUGAACUCACAGCUGAGCAAGCUGCUGAGAUCGCCAAGACCGAAAUCACUGAGGAAGUGAAACCCACUGAAGCACCCAAAGAGAAAGUGGGCAUAGAAAUCACCGCUGCUGAGACAGUCGAGGCGGUGGAAGAGAAACCCACUGCUGAAAUCCCGGCGCCUGAAGAACAGGCUGUACAAAUAGCAGUCAGCGCCGAGGAGAGGCCAAAGGACGAAGUCUCACUCGAAAUCGAAACCAAAGAACAACCCGAAACUGAAAUGAUUGUAGAAAUUCCAGAGGAGAAACCCUCUGAGGAAGUCAAAGCAGAACUGGGUGUGGAAGAAGCCCCUGAAGUCGUUGAGGAGGAAGCCGAGGCCGAAUUCGCUCCCUCUGAAAAGAGGGCAGAGGAAGUGGGUGUUGAACUCACAGCUGAGCAAGCUGCUGAGAUCGCCAAGACCGAAAUCACUGAGGAAGUGAAACCCACUGAAGCACCCAAAGAGAAAGUGGGCAUAGAAAUCACCGCUGCUGAGACAGUCGAGGCGGUGGAAGAGAAACCCACUGCUGAAAUCCCGGCGCCUGAAGAACAGGCUGUACAAAUAGCAGUCAGCGCCGAGGAGAGGCCAAAGGAAGAAGUCUCACUCGAAAUCGAAACCAAAGAACAACCCGAAACUGAAAUGAUUGUAGAAAUUCCAGAGGAGAAACCCUCUGAGGAAGUCAAAGCAGAACUGGGUGUGGAAGAAGCCCCUGAAGUCGUUGAGGAGGAAGCCGAGGCCGAAUUCGCUCCCUCUGAAAAGAGGGCAGAGGAAGUGGGUGUUGAACUCACAGCUGAGCAAGCUGCUGAGAUCGCCAAGACCGAAAUCACUGAGGAAGUGAAACCCACUGAAGCACCCAAAGAGAAAGUGGGCAUAGAAAUCACCGCUGCUGAGACAGUCGAGGCGGUGGAAGAGAAACCCACUGCUGAAAUCCCGGCGCCUGAAGAACAGGCUGUACAAAUAGCAGUCAGCGCCGAGGAGAGGCUAAAGGAAGAAGUCUCACUCGAAAUCGAAACCAAAGAACAACCCGAAACUGAAAUGAUUGUAGAAAUUCCAGAGGAGAAACCCUCUGAGGAAGUCAAAGCAGAACUGGGUGUGGAAGAAGCCCCUGAAGUCGUUGAGGAGGAAGCCGAGGCCGAAUUCGCUCCCUCUGAAAAGAGGGCAGAGGAAGUGGGUGUUGAACUCACAGCUGAGCAAGCUGCUGAGAUCGCCAAGACCGAAAUCACUGAGGAAGUGAAACCCACUGAAGCACCCAAAGAGAAAGUGGGCAUAGAAAUCACCGCUGCUGAGACAGUCGAGGCGGUGGAAGAGAAACCCACUGCUGAAAUCCCGGCGCCUGAAGAACAGGCUGUACAAAUAGCAGUCAGCGCCGAGGAGAGGCCAAAGGAAGAAGUCUCACUCGAAAUCGAAACCAAAGAACAACCCGAAAGAAGCCGAGGCACUCCCUCUGAAAAGAGGGCAGAGGAAGUGGGUGUUGAACUCACAGCUGAGCAAGCUGCUGAGAUGGCCAAGACCGAAAUCACUGAGGAAGUGAAACCCACUGAAGCACCCAAAGAGAAAGUGGGCAUAGAAAUCACCGCUGCUGAGACAGUCGAGGCGGUGGAAGAGAAACCCACUGCUGAAAUCCCGGCGCCUGAAGAACAGGCUGUACAAAUAGCAGUCAGCGCCGAGGAGAGGCCAAAGGAAGAAGUCUCACUCGAAAUCGAAACCAAAGAACAACCCGAAACUGAAAUGAAAGUCGUUGAGGAGGAAGCCGAGGCCGAAUUCGCUCCCUCUGAAAAGAGGGCAGAGGAAGUGGGUGUUGAACUCACAGCUGAGCAAGCUGCUGAGAUCGCCAAGACCGAAAUCACUAAGGAAGUGAAACCCACUGAAGCACCCAAAGAGAAAGUGGGCAUAGAAAUUGCUGAGAGGAGGCGGUGGAAACCCUCUGAGGAAGUCAAAGCAGAACUGGGUGUGGAAGUCAAGCAGAACUGGGUGUGGAAGAAGCCUGAAGUCGUUGAGGAGGAAGCCGAGGCCGAAUUCGCUCCCUCUGAAAAGAGGGCAGAGGAAGUGGGUGUUGAACUCACAGCUGAGCAAGCUGCUGAGAUCGCCAAGACCGAAAUCACUGAGGAAGUGAAACCCACUGAAGCACCCAAAGAGAAAGUGGGCAUAGAAAUCACCGCUGCUGAGACAGUCGAGGCGGUGGAAGAGAAACCCACUGCUGAAAUCCCGGCGCCUGAAGAACAGGCUGUACAAAUAGCAGUCAGCGCCGAGGAGAUAGCAAAGGAAGAAGUCUCACUCGAAAUCGAAACCAAAGAACAACCCGAAACUGAAAUGAUUGUAGAAAUUCCAGAGGAGAAACCCUCUGAGGAAGUCAAAGCAGAACUGGGUGUGGAAGAAGCCCCUGAAGUCGUUGAGGAGGAAGCCGAGGCCGAAUUCGCUCCCUCUGAAAAGAGGGCAGAGGAAGUGGGUGUUGAACUCACAGCUGAGCAAGCUGCUGAGAUCGCCAAGACCGAAAUCACUGAGGAAGUGAAACCCACUGAAGCACCCAAAGAGAAAGUGGGCAUAGAAAUCACCGCUGCUGAGACAGUCGAGGCGGUGGAAGAGAAACCCACUGCUGAAAUCCCGGCGCCUGAAGAACAGGCUGUACAAAUAGCAGUCAGCGCCGAGGAGAUAGCAAAGGAAGAAGUCUCACUCGAAAUCGAAACCAAAGAACAACCCGAAACUGAAAUGAUUGUAGAAAUUCCAGAGGAGAAACCCUCUGAGGAAGUCAAAGCAGAACUGGGUGUGGAAGAAGCCCCUGAAGUCGUUGAGGAGGAAGCCGAGGCCGAAUUCGCUCCCUCUGAAAAGAGGGCAGAGGAAGUGGGUGUUGAACUCACAGCUGAGCAAGCUGCUGAGAUCGCCAAGACCGAAAUCACUGAGGAAGUGAAACCCACUGAAGCACCCAAAGAGAAAGUGGGCAUAGAAAUCACCGCUGCUGAGACAGUCGAGGCGGUGGAAGAGAAACCCACUGCUGAAAUCCCGGCGCCUGAAGAACAGGCUGUACAAAUAGCAGUCAGCGCCGAGGAGAGGCCAAAGGAAGAAGUCUCACUCGAAAUCGAAACCAAAGAACAACCCGAAACUGAAAUGAUUGUAGAAAUUCCAGAGGAGAAACCCUCUGAGGAAGUCAAAGCAGAACUGGGUGUGGAAGAAGCCCCUGAAGUCGUUGAGGAGGAAGCCGAGGCCGAAUUCGCUCCCUCUGAAAAGAGGGCAGAGGAAGUGGGUGUUGAACUCACAGCUGAGCAAGCUGCUGAGAUCGCCAAGACCGAAAUCACUGAGGAAGUGAAACCCACUGAAGCACCCAAAGAGAAAGUGGGCAUAGAAAUCACCGCUGCUGAGACAGUCGAGGCGGUGGAAGAGAAACCCACUGCUGAAAUCCCGGCGCCUGAAGAACAGGCUGUACAAAUAGCAGUCAGCGCCGAGGAGAUAGCAAAGGAAGAAGUCUCACUCGAAAUCGAAACCAAAGAACAACCCGAAACUGAAAUGAUUGUAGAAAUUCCAGAGGAGAAACCCUCUGAGGAAGUCAAAGCAGAACUGGGUGUGGAAGAAGCCCCUGAAGUCGUUGAGGAGGAAGCCGAGGCCGAAUUCGCUCCCUCUGAAAAGAGGGCAGAGGAAGUGGGUGUUGAACUCACAGCUGAGCAAGCUGCUGAGAUCGCCAAGACCGAAAUCACUGAGGAAGUGAAACCCACUGAAGCACCCAAAGAGAAAGUGGGCAUAGAAAUCACCGCUGCUGAGACAGUCGAGGCGACAGUCGAGGCGGUGGAAGAGAAACCCACUGCUGAAAUCCCGGCGCCUGAAGAACAGGCUGUACAAAUAGCAGUCAGCGCCGAGGAGAGGCCAAAGGAAGAAGUCUCACUCGAAAUCGAAACCAAAGAACAACCCGAAACUGAAAUGAUUGUAGAAAUUCCAGAGGAGAAACCCUCUGAGGAAGUCAAAGCAGAACUGGGUGUGGAAGAAGCCCCUGAAGUCGUUGAGGAGGAAGCCGAGGCCGAAUUCGCUCCCUCUGAAAAGAGGGCAGAGGAAGUGGGUGUUGAACUCACAGCUGAGCAAGCUGCUGAGAUGGCCAAGACCGAAAUCACUGAGGAAGUGAAACCCACUGAAGCACCCAAAGAGAAAGUGGGCAUAGAAAUCACCGCUGCUGAGACAGUCGAGGCGGUGGAAGAGAAACCCACUGCUGAAAUCCCGGCGCCUGAAGAACAGGCUGUACAAAUAGCAGUCAGCGCCGAGGAGAGGCGAAAAGAAGAAGUCUCACUCGAAAUCGAAACCAAAGAACAACCCGAAAGUGAAAUGAUUGUAGAAAUUCCAGAGGAGAAACCCUCUGAGGAAGUCAAAGCAGAACUGGGUGUGGAAGAAGCCCCUGAAGUCGUUGAGGAGGAAGCCGAGGCCGAAUUCGCUCCCUCUGAAAAGAGGGCAGAGGAAGUGGGUGUUGAACUCACAGCUGAGCAAGCUGCUGAGAUCGCCAAGACCGAAAUCACUGAGGAAGUGAAACCCACUGAAGCACCCAAAGAGAAAGUGGGCAUAGAAAUCACCGCUGCUGAGACAGUCGAGGCGGUGGAAGAGAAACCCACUGCUGAAAUCCCGGCGCCUGAAGAACAGGCUGUACAAAUAGCAGUCAGCGCCGAGGAGAGGCCAAAGGAAGAAGUCUCACUCGAAAUCGAAACCAAAGAACAACCCGAAACUGAAAUGAUUGUAGAAAUUCCAGAGGAGAAACCCUCUGAAGACAAAGCAGAACUGGGUGUGGAAGAAGCCCCUGAAGAGGAGGGUGGGAGGGCAGAGGAAGUGGGUGUUGAACUCACAGCUGAGCAAGCUGCUGAGAUCGCCAAGACCGAAAUCACUGAGGAAGUGAAACCCACUGAAGCACCCAAAGAGAAAGUGGGCAUAGAAAUCACCGCUGCUGAGACAGUCGAGGCGGUGGAAGAGAAACCCACUGCUGAAAUCCCGGCGCCUGAAGAACAGGCUGUACAAAUAGCAGUCAGCGCCGAGGAGAUAGCAAAGGAAGAAGUCUCACUCGAAAUCGAAACCAAAGAACAACCCGAAACUGAAAUGAUUGUAGAAAUUCCAGAGGAGAAACCCUCUGAGGAAGUCAAAGCAGAACUGGGUGUGGAAGAAGCCCCUGAAGUCGUUGAGGAGGAAGCCGAGGCCGAAUUCGCUCCCUCUGAAAAGAGGGCAGAGGAAGUGGGUGUUGAACUCACAGCUGAGCAAGCUGCUGAGAUGGCCAAGACCGAAAUCACUGAGGAAGUGAAACCCACUGAAGCACCCAAAGAGAAAGUGGGCAUAGAAAUCACCGCUGCUGAGACAGUCGAGGCGGUGGAAGAGAAACCCACUGCUGAAAUCCCGGCGCCUGAAGAACAGGCUGUACAAAUAGCAGUCAGCGCCGAGGAGAGGCCAAAGGAAGAAGUCUCACUCGAAAUCGAAACCAAAGAACAACCCGAAACUGAAAUGAUUGUAGAAAUUCCAGAGGAGAAACCCUCUGAGGAAGUCAAAGCAGAACUGGGUGUGGAAGAAGCCCCUGAAGUCGUUGAGGAGGAAGCCGAGGCCGAAUUCGCUCCCUCUGAAAAGAGGGCAGAGGAAGUGGGUGUUGAACUCACAGCUGAGCAAGCUGCUGAGAUUGCCAAGACCGAAAUCACUGAGGAAGUGAAACCCACUGAAGCACCCAAAGAGAAAGUGGGCAUAGAAAUCACCGCUGCUGAGACAGUCGAGGCGGUGGAAGAGAAACCCACUGCUGAAAUCCCGGCGCCUGAAGAAUUAAAAUCUAUAUUUUUGAGUUUGGAAGAACUGCAGCACUAUGCUGUAUAUGGACUUGUUGUUUUGAUGGGACCAUACAUAAAAAAACAAGUUGAGCAUAUCGAUACCGAGUUUACUUUGAAAGACACUUUAUCUGAGAAAGAAAAACAAUAUGAAGAAGAGAAGGAAGCAACUUCUGAAGAAGAGAAGCCCGAAUCACCUAUUUCUAUUGUUGUGGAAGAGAAGGUGGAAAAAGAAGCACCUUUGGUGGUCUCUCCCUUGAAGAGUGUUCAAGCAUCAGAUGGUGGACAAGCUCGCUUGGAAUGCCAGAUUCAGGGAAAACCCAAACCAACUGUCACAUGGUACAAAGAGGAUCAGGUUCUGGUGAACUCAGAGGAGUUCAAAAUCUUCUAUGAUGAGGACAAUCUGUGCUCUCUAUUCAUAUCAGAUGUUUACCCGGAGGAUGCUGGGAAAUACACCGUGGUGGCUCAGAAUGAACUUGGUACUGCUGAAACAACUGCUGAACUCUUUGUUGCAGCUCCAGAUGAAGCUGAGGAUGACUUCAUUGCUCCAGCUUUCACUCAAAAACCGAAGUUCCAGACUGCUGCUAUCAGUGAGGAGGUGACUUUUGAGGCCACAGUGGUGGCAAACCCACAACCACAGAUUCUGUGGUCCAAAGAAAACACUGAAAUUACUCCAAGUGACAAAGUCAAGAUUUCAGUUGACCAAGAUGGCAAUAUCUAUCACUCAACACUGACCUUAUCAGAGCUGGAAGCAGAGGAUGCUGGGACGUACAAGGUCCUUGCCCAGAAUGACCAGGGUGAAGCCAGUAUCUCAGUCUCUCUGCUUGUCAAAAAACCAGAAGGACCCCAGAAGACAGAUUUCAGGGAUUCAUUAACAACAGAAGUGAAAACUAAAGUUGGCAUUAAACAUCAGCCUGAACAGAUGGACUUUAGAACCCUCUUAAAAUCUACCUCAACCAAAUCCAAGAAAUUUGCACAAGAUGUUACAGAAGAGGAAACUACUCAAGAGCUUGAGGAAAGUGAACAAGUUGAUUUCAGACAGGUUCUCAAAAAGACUGUCACUUCUCCACAGUUUGUGGUUGCCAUUGAAGACCAGAAAGCUGAGGAAGGUGAUGAGGCCAAAUUCCUUGUCAAGGUCAGAGGUGAACCAACUCCAGAGGUCAUGUGGUUCCAUGAGAAUGAACCAAUCAAAGACGAUGACAUAUACAAGAUCAUGGCGGGUCAGCCAGGGGAGGUAAUCCUCCAUCUGCCUGAGGUGUUCCCUGAGGAUGCUGGUGUGUACACUGUGAAGGCAGUCAACGAGGCAGGGGAGGUCUCCUGUUCAGCUGUGCUCACAGUUCUCCAAGAGGAACUUGAAGGAACUGAAGAACUUAAGGAGGCACCAAAACCAGAAGCAGUGGAAGAAGCACCUGCUAAACCAUUCAUAAUGCCAGAGGCUGAACAGUUAGACUUCAGAGCUGCUCUCAAAACUAAAGUCAAAACCAAAUCAAAUGAGACCUUUGAAACUGAACAACUGGACUUCAGAAGUGCUCUUAAAACUAAAGUGAAAACAAAGGUGAAUGAACAGUUUCAAUCAGAACAACUAGACUUCAGGGGUGCUCUUAAAUCCGAGCAUGUACAAACCAAAGUUAAUCAACAGUUUGCUCAUCAACAGUUGGACUUCAGGGAUGCAAUAAAAACUCACCAUGUGGAAACCAAAGUGAACCAACAAUUCAAGCAUGAACAGUUAGAUUUUAGAGAUGCCUUGAAAAAUGAGAGAAUAGAAACAAAAGUCAGCCAACAAUUUCCGCAUGAGCAGCUGGACUUCAGAUCAGUGUUGAAGACGGACCGGGAUUCCAGCGAAGAAAUUACUCAGGAGGAGACCGUUAUCGAGGUUCCACAGAAACCAAAGGAGGAGGCGCCUCAGGUGUCAGAAGUAGAAGAAGAGGAAAUUGUGGCACCUAAAUUCGUAACCAGAAUUGAGGACCAGAAAGUCCAGGAGGGAGAGGAAGUCAAAUUUGUUGUCAAGGUGACAGGCACGCCCACUCCUGAGGUCACAUGGCACCAUGACAACGAGGUCAUCAAAGAGGACAGUGACAUCUACAGAAUGGAGCAGGGAGAAGAAGGGGAGGUCACUCUACUGUUGACUGAGGCUUUCCCUGAGGACUCUGGUGUUUAUACAGUCACAGCCUCCAAUGUCGCGGGACAGGCUGAGUGUACCGCCAUGCUGAAUGUCACUGAAUUAGUCGAGGAAGAAGAAAAGGAAGAACAAGUUGAGGUGAUUGAAAGCAAAGAAGUUAUCAAAGAGGAGGCUGCACUGAAAAUACAGUCAGUGUUCAGGGGAUUUAAGGCCAGAGAAGAAGUGAAACACAUGAAAGAGGCUAAGGAACACCAAGAAGUUCCCACAUUUGAAGCUGAUACGACCUUUGACAUUAGUGACAUCAGCACUGAUACCGAGGUCACAGGUCAGCUUCCAAAGGAUGAGCAACCACAGGAAACUCAGCAGCAUAUGCAUGCACUCAGCAGCAAUGACUACGACAUAGGCACUAAAGUUUAUACCUGGAGAAUAGGGAGCACCCCACAAGACAGCUCCCCUCAAUAUGAAACUUAUUUGUUCAAGGAGGAAGUUGUUGUAACUGGCCCAGAGAGUGAGGACAGAGGAUAUCUUCCAUCUGAUGAGGAGGCUGAAAGGACCAAGACUGUGGAGGAUGAGACUUCCACCUGGCACAUCACAGGGGAAGAGGAGGAGGCACCUGCACUGCCCUCAACGUCUGCUCCUGAACUAACCACUGACUCAACCUUACUCUCCAGCAGACCUGAUAGGACUUCUGAUGACUUUACAUCCAUACCAAGCUCCACUCCUCUAGAAGGCACAGAGGAAACAUUCACUUUUGUUACAGCUGAAGAUCUUCCUGAGAAAAGUGUGGAGGAAGAGUUCACUAUACUUAACAAGGAAGAUAUUCCUCCUCUUCAACUGGGAAUCUCAUCUGAUGAGAAAGAAGGAUCUGAAAAAUCCUAUCCUGAGGAUUUCACCAGUUCUGAUGAAGAUGACAGCUCUGCUGAAAAACGUUUGGCAAGUGAGGAAGAAAAGAAAAAACUUGCAAAACAACAGGAAUUAGACCAAGACAAAAUUCCUCAAAAGGAAGAAGACAUCGGUGAGAGAAUACCACUCAAAGAGAAAUCAGAGGAGUCUUCAACUUCAGAGGAAUCUGAAGAAGAAGACUUUGUGAAACCUUCAAUGCCAGAUGUAGUUCCUAAAGUCUCUGAUGAAAAAGAACUUAAAGGUGUUCCAAUAACUGAUGCUGACAAAGUGCCAAAAGAAUCUCCACAAAAGGAAAUUGAAUUCCCUGAAAAAGAAAAGCAACUUACAGAGGAAGAAAUUAUCCUCCCUUCAGAGGACAAACCAGAAUUUGCAGAUAAAACAACAUCAGAAAAAGAUGUAAUUCCACAAAGAGAUGAAGCUGAAAAAGACAAAUUUGAAAGCCUCAUUGAGGAAGAAAAAGAACAAAGACAAACAUCUAUGGUAGACAAGGUGAGCCUGUGGGAUGAGGAAAGUGAGGAUGAGGAAAGAAAACUGAUGAGAAAGUUCUCUCCUCUAGAAAAAUCAGUGGAUGAACAACAAGAGAGUGAGGUCAUUGUGGAAUAUGAGGAGGACCUUGCUAAACCUGAUUUCAAACAACAGAUUUCCCUUGAGGAAAGACAACCACCAGAAACUAAGAAAGAUCUAAAAGACAGUGAAAAACAGACAAAGAAGGAUCUUGUUGACUUUUCCUUUGACAAGCUAUUGCAGUCACCCACUGAGAUGCCAGAAGAAGAAAGAGAAAUUCAGGAAGAAAUGGAACAGCCAGUGUUGUACCAGAAAGACAAUUUUGGUCCAGACUUUGAAGUUCAACCUAAGGACAUUUUCCAUGCUGAACGGAGAUAUGAUCAGUUUGAAGGUUUGUCUGAUAAAGAAGAAGAGUUUGAGGAGGCCAGCAUUGAGGAGGAAGAAAUCUUGGAGGAGGAGGAUGCCCAUGAUGAAUUCUUUGGUAGGGAAUACAUACUAGAAAAUAUUCCCGAGGAGGAGUCGUUUGAGGCUUCAGAGACUGAGGGGUAUGGAGUAGAGGACCAGCAACUGAGUCCAGAGGAGUCAGUAAGAAAACCCAGCAAAGAUAAAACUUCAGAGGAUGUUGAGGCAGAUUUGACCUUGACAGAGGGUGACCUUGAGAAGCCAUCCUUCCUGCGAGAACUCUCAGACCAGGAAGUAACUGAGGAUGACACAGUGACUUUUAUUGUACAAGUCAGCGGCACUCCUUUCCCAGAAAUCACUUGGUACAAGGAUGCUGUUGAAAUUGUACCUGAUGACCAUUUCAUCACUGAAGUUAGAGGAAACUUUGCCUCACUCAUCAUCAAAGAUGUUGUCAUCGAUGAUGAUGCAGAGUAUGUAGUAAAAGCCAGCAACAAGGCAGGCACAGCGACCAGUAAAGGAGAACUCUUUGUUAAUCCCUCUGGUGAGGCUCCAUCCAUCAUCUCAAGAAUUGAGGACAUUGAGAUAGAACCAAGUGCUCCAAUUGUCCUUGAAUGCCAGGUCAGAGGUCAUCCCAAACCAAAGGUCACCUGGUUGAAAGACGGAGAAGAAAUCUCAGGACCUCGCUACAGGUUAAAGUUUUUUGUGUACACUGCCAGACUCUCCUGUGAAAUUAUUGGUAAGCCAACACCUGAGGUUGUAUGGCUAGCCAAUCAGACCGUGAUUGAAGAAAGCCCCAAAUACCACAUGAGCUAUGAUGGUACCACUGCCAUAUUGGAAAUACAAGACACAGGAUUUAAUGACGCUGAAGUGACAUACACGUGCAGAGCUCAGAACCUUGCUGGAGAAUGUGAAACCACUGCUCAUGUUGAACUUCAAGCACCCCCAGCUAUCAUCAGUUUCCCAGAGAAGAUCAGCAUCUUAGAGGGGGAGGAGGUGUGCAUCACCUGUAAGGUAGAGGGGGUGCCACGCCCCACCCUCUCCUGGACAGUCGAGGACAAGGAACUGGUACCCGACCAGCACCACCUAGUGGAGGUCCUCAAGGACACCGUGGUCCUCAGAAUCCCACAAUGCACUGCUGAUGAUGAGGCUGUUUAUGUCCUAAAGGUUGAGAAUCCAGCAGGCACUGACACUGUGGCCAUACCUGUAAAAGUUGAGGGAACAGAGAAAGUUGUCAAAACAGAAGACACCGCUGUUAUCUCUCCAGAAGGAAAAGCUCCAGAAUUUGUGCUGCGUAUCAAGACAGAGAAGGUAGAGGAGGGUGAUCUUGCUGACUUCACAUGUGAGGUGGUGGGAACACCUAAACCCCAGCUUAACUGGAUCUACAAUGGCCGCACACUGGUGGAUGAUGGGAAAUAUGUCAUCUUUGAGGAUGAGGGUGUCAACCAUUUACAGAUUUAUGACAUCAAACCCGAGGAUGCAGGGGAGUACACAGUACAGGCUGAGAAUGCCCAAGGCAAAGUCAGCUGUACUGCUGAUCUACAGGUGGAAGCUCUGCCUGUCCAUGAAGAAGUGACAGAAUUGGAAGCUCCUAAAUUUGUGGUUGAGAUUCAGACCUUAGAAGCUAGUAUCCAUGACAAAGCCAAAUUCACCUGUAAAGCUACAGGCAAACCCACCCCAGAAAUCCUCUGGUAUAAAAAUGACAAAGAAAUCUCGAGAACUGACAACAGGUUCACGAUUCAGUUUGAAGACAAAGGAGAGUCCUCACUACUGAUAGUGGAUGUCCUCCCUGAACAUGAUGGAACAUACACUGCUGAGGCUAAAAACCCUGCAGGCACCGCCAGAUGUAAAGCCGAGCUCUUCGUGGAAGAACCCAAAGAAGACAAACCAUCCAUUCCUGAAUUUAUCAAAGUUCCAGAACAGGUUGUUGCUAGGGAGCGUGACCUUGCACAAUUCAUUGUCAAGGUCAUUGGAACACCUAAACCCACAGUCGAGUGGAAGAAGGAUAACAUGGUGCUAAAAGACCUUGAACUUUACCACUUUGAGAAAUAUGAAGACACCUACUGUUUUGAGAUUAAGACUGUGGAGACAGAAGAUGCUGGAGUGUAUACCUGUGUGGCCAGAAACUCAGAGGGGCAGGCCACCUGUGACAUCCCACUCAUUGUUAAUGAGAUCAGAAGAGACCAGAGACUCUCCGAGUCUCCACUGGUCCUCCGGCAUCAGGACUCGUCACAAGCUCCCGAGUUCACAGAAAUGUUCGAUGGUUGUACUGUUAUGGAAGACAAGCCGCUGUCUCUGAUGGCCAAAGUGACCGGUACCCCUCGACCAGAGGUCACCUGGUACCGCAAUAAUAAGGAACUAGUGACCACACCCAAUGUCAAGGUCUCCUACGAGGACGACACAUGCUCUCUGAAGAUCAAGAAAAUGACCAUGGAUUUGGAGGGAGAAUACAAAUGUGUGGCCAGAAAUCCCGCUGGUACCUCGGACAUCGCUGCCAAGGUCAUUGUGGAAGAUGAAUACACGUGGUUCAGUUAUUUCACCUCUGAUAAAAAACCAUUUUGGUAUAUUUCACCUGUUUACUGCAAAGCAGAGGCCCCUAUAUUCUCUCGCAAACUCAAUAACAGAGAAUGCAAAGAAGGACGACCAAUCAAAUUUGAGUGUGCUGCUAAAGGCAUUCCUCAGCCUGAUGUCAUAUGGUACUUGAAUGACCAGCCUAUUGAGGCAGGCCUGCGCUUCCAUACUGAUGUCCGUAGAAGUUACGUUGAUGUUGUGUACAGUCUAACCAUCGACAACACUGAGGUGGAAGAUUCUGGAGAGGUCAAGGCCUUCGCUCAUAACAAAGCCGGGGAAGCAGUUACCAUUGCUAAACUCAUUGUGGAAGAGAAAAAAGAGGCCCCUAAAUUCAUUAGAAAACUGGAGAAUGUGGACGUUGUGGAGAAGGAUUCUGCUGUAUUAGAAGUGGAGGUCUCAGGAAAACCCAAACCACAUGUCACAUGGAAAAGAGGUGAUAAGGAACUCAAAGAAAGUGAACAAAUUAAAUUUGAGGUAGAGGACAAGGUGUACCGAAUGAUUUUGUCCUCUGUGACCCCGUCUGAUGCUGCCCUCUAUACAGUCAAGGCACAUAACACUGCUGGAUCUGUCUCAUGCAGUGGAAGAGUCAAAAUUCAACCUGCGAGACGCCCAUCCAUUCAGCCCAGGAAGAUGUCAAACACCCUGGUACCUGAAGAGGGACAAGUCACAUUUGAGUGUAAAGUGGAGGGUCUACCUCUUCCACAAGUCAAAUGGUAUGUCAAUGACAAAGAGAUUGAAGAGGGAGAAGAUAUUCACAUGACUUUCAAUCGUCGUGACAGUACCUACUCUCUGGUCAUCGACAAAGCCUCACCUGAACUGCAGGGAACCCUUAAAGCUGUCGCUGUCAGUAACGUAGGAGAGGAUCUCGUUACUGCUGAACUAGAGGUCCGUGGUCAAGCACCUGUUUUUACUGCUGUACCAAUUAAAUGCACCAUCUUGGAAGGAAACACUGCCAUAUUCCGUUGCAAAAUCAAAGGAGAACCAACUCCAGAAAUCCAAUGGUCCAAAGGAAAAUGGAACAAGCUCAAAGAUGGAGGUCGCUACAAGAUCUUCCAGGAUGAGACAACUGGCGAACAUGUACUGGAGAUAGCUGACAUCAAGAGAAAGGAUGCUGGUACCUAUCUGGUGAAGGCAACCAAUGAACAUGGCAGCUCUGAUGCCCCUGCCACACUGAUUGUGACAGACAAUCCAAAGGAGGCAGAGGACUGGCUGGCUAGACUUAAACACAGGGAAAUUGAAAAGAAGGAAAUCCCUGAAGAAGAACUCAUUCUUCCCUCUCUGAAACAUGUGGAACAAGAAGAAAAACCAGAGGAGAAAAAGAAAUACAAACCAGAUGUCAAAGAAAUCGCAGAACCAUCUGAGUUUGAGAUUGUGUUCAAGAGAAGACAAUCACAGAUGCUAGAGAGAGUCUCAGAGGAGGUUCAAGAACUGGCCAAGAGAGAAAGACCUGAGAAGGAGGAGGUACCCACCAAAAAAGAGGAAACUCCAGAAAAGGCUGGACCAGAUGAGGUGGACACAGGAUCCUACCAGAGGGCAGCACGUGAGGCCCAGCUGGAGGAGGCUGAGGAGACCAUGCUGACCAUCCCCAAGGCUCAGUGGAAGGUCCUCAGGCCACUCAAGGAUCUAACCGUCACAGAGACAGAGGAGGCCGUGUUUGAGUGUGAAUUUAAUGUGCCAAAGGUCAAGGUCACUUGGAAGAUCAAUGGUGAAGAAAUUGAACAGUCUCCCAAACACAUCAUCAAAUCUGAGGGCACUGUCCAUAAGCUGAUUAUUACUAAGUGUAGAAUGCCUGAUCAAGGAACCAUCUCUUGUUCUUAUGCUAAAUUGGAAACAACUGCCAAAUUAACUGUCACAGAACUAGUCAAAGAAUUCACCAUGAAGCUGGAGGACACAAUGGCAGAGAAAGACAGUGAUGUGACUUUCACCUGUAAGGUCAGUGAUGAGGACAUGGAUGUAAACUGGUUGAUAGACAGUCAGAAUCUGCCAGAGUCAGACAAAUACUCUGUGAUAUCAGAAGAUGUGACCCACACUCUCACCAUCAAAGACAUCCAGCCAGAGGAUUCGUGUGAUGUCACAGCUACGUACGGAGACCAGUCCACCACUGCCAGACUCUCUGUUGCUGAUGUCAAAGCUGAUUUUGUCCUCCCUCUCAAAGAUCAGAAAGCCAAGGAGAACACCUCUGUAGAGUUUGACUGUACAUUGACAAUCUCCACUGACGAUGUCCACUGGUUCCUCAAUGAUGUAGAGCUCCAUCCUGUCGAAAAUGUGGAGAUUAUAAAAGAAGGAACCAAACACAAACUAAUCCUGAAAAAUAUCACCCCACAACAAUCUGGACAAGUCACAGUCAAAGUAGGAGAGAAGACCUCCACUGCUUCUCUUAUUGUUGAAGAAGUACCUGUAGAAUUCACAGUCAACUUAUCAGAACAGCAUGUAGAAGAACACUCUGAAUGUCAUCUGACCUGUGAACUCAAUAAAGAGGAUGUACCUGUCACAUGGUACAAAGAUACCAGUAAAAUUACACCCAGUGACAAAUACCGCACGGAGGAUGUGGGAACCAGUCAUACGCUGGUUAUCAGUGACGUCAAGAAAGACGACGUAGCGGAAUACACUGUGGCUGCAGGUGACUUACGAAGCUCCGCCAAACUACAUGUUGAUGACAAGCCACUAGAAAUCACUGUGCCUCUGCAAGAAGCCACAUGCUCAGAAGGUGAAACUGUGACCUUCACCUGUGAGGUCAGUCAGGAUGGGGUCAAGGCCACGUGGAUGAAGGAUGGUAAAGAAUUGGUUCCAUCAAAAGAUGUCAUCAUUGAAGAUGUUGGAAAAGUUCACAAACUGACCUUGAAAAAUGCCACACUGGAUGACAGGGCUGAAUACACUGUGUGUGCCAAGGACAGAAAGAGCACAGCACCACUCUUUGUGGAAGAAUCACCACUGGAGUGGGUGGUACCACUCAGAGAACGCUAUGACGUAGCUGAAAGUGACUGUGUGUCCAUGAUCUGUGAAGUCAACAAACCCGGAGUACCUGCCAUGUGGCUGAAGGAUGGAGAACAAAUCACCGUGGCUGACGGAUACGAGAUCAUCAUGGACGGCUGCCGCCACAUCCUGCGCAUUCCUUCCUGUGAGUUGGAGGAUGAUGCUGAAUAUACAGUAAUGGUGGGAGAUCUAGAGUCUGUCACCAACCUUUAUGUGGAAGAAGUGGUGGUUGAGUUCACUCACAAGCUUACUGAUGCUACGUUCAAUGAGGGUGAGAUGUUUGAGCUGAGCUGUGAGAUCAGUAAACCGGACGUCCCAGUGACCUGGAUGAAGAAUCGUCAGCCCCUAACUCCCAGUGACAGGAUCCGAAUCCUGUGUGAACGUUACAGACAUGUACUCCAGAUCAUGGAGGCUAUACCAGAGGAUGAGGGCGAAUACACUCUGAUGUUGCCCAACAACACUGAAACAUCGGCCAUCAUCAAAGUCAAAGAAAAACCAGCCAAAUUCACCAAACCUCUGGAAGAGACAAAGGCCAAGGAGGGUGACAAUGUGACCUUGACCUGUGAACUUGACAAACAGGAUGUUUUCUGCACAUGGCUCAAGGAUGGAAAAGAACUUCAACCAAGUGACCAUGUCCAAAUUUCUGCUGAUGGAUACACCCAGCAGCUUGUACUGACCGAUGUCACAAUUAAAGAUGCUGCUAAGUACACUUGUGUGUGUGGUGAUGUCUCAUCUGAGGCAACACUUCAAGUCAUAGAAACCCCAGAGAUCCCAGUAACAGAUUUACCAGAAACAGAAACCCCAAUAACUGUGACCCCUCAAGAGGCCCCUGAAACUGAGGCCAAAGAAGAGGCUUCAAUAACAGAGGUCACAAUCGCAGAAGCUACUGAAACUGAGGAGCCAAAAAUACAGAUUCCAUUCAAAGUGACUCCUGAAAAGGAGGUUUUAGCAACAGAUGAAUUACCAGAAACUGAAUUUAAAGAAAUGAAAAUAUCAGUAUCUCUGCCCUCUGAAACAGAGGUUGCAGCAACAGAGACUGAAGAGCCAGAAAUAGAAACCCCAGUCAGAAUGACUCCUGAAACAGAAGUUACAGUGAAAGAGGAGGUCCUUGAAAUUGAAAUACCAAAAUUGGAAACCCCAGAAUCUGUGCCAUCUGGAAAAGAAGUUGCAGCUGAAGAGACAGAAAUGCCAGAAAUAGAAACCCCAGUAACUGUGACUCCUGAAACAGAAGUUACAGUUAAGGAAGAGGUCAUUGAAACUGAAGUGCCAGAAUUGGAAACCCCAGAAACUGUUCCUUCUGAAAAAGAAGAAGUUGAAGCUGAAGAGACAGAAGUGCCAGAGGUUGAAACCCCAGUCAAAGUGACUCCUGAAACAGAAGUUACAGUGAAAGAGGAGGUCCUUGAAACUGAAGUGCCAGAAUUGGAAACCCCAGAAACUGUGCCAUCUGAAAAAGAAGUUGCAGCAGCAGAAACAGAAGUGCCAGAAAUAGAAAUCCCAGUAACUGUGACUCCUGAAACAGAAGUUUCAGUUAAGGAAGAGGUCCUUGAAACUGAAGUGACAGAAUUGGAAACCCCAAAAACUGUACCAACUGAAAAAGAAGUUGCAGCAGCAGAAACAGAAGUGCCAGAAAUGGAAACCCCAGUUACUGUGACUCCUGAAACAGAAGUUACAGUGAAAGAGGAGGUCCUUGAAACUGAAGUGCCAGAAUUGGAAACCCCAGAAACUGUACCAACUGAAAAAGAAGUUGCAGCAGCAGAAACAGAAGUGCCAGAAAUGGAAACCCCAGUUACUGUGACUCCUGAAACAGAAGCUACAGUGAAAGAGGAGGUCCUUGAAACUGAAGUACCAAAAUUGGAAACCCCAGAAACAGUUCCUUCUGAAAAAGAAGUUGAAGCUGCUGAGACUGAAGUGCCAGAGGUGGAAACCCCAGUCAAAGUGACUCCUGAAACAGGAGUUACAGUGAAAGAGGAGGUCCUUGAAACUGAAGUGCCAGAAUUGGAAACCCCAGAAACUGUGCCAUCUGAAAAAGAAGUUGCUGCAGCAGAAACAGAAGUGCCAGAAAUGGAAACCCCAGUUACUGUGACUCCUGAAAUAGAAGUUACAGUGAAAGAGGAGGUCCUUGAAACUGAAGUUCCAGAAUUGGAAACCCCAGAAACUGUACCAACUGAAACAGAAGUUGCAGCAGCAGAAACAGAAGUGCCAGAAAUGGAAACCCCAGUUACUGUGACUCCUGAAACAGAAGUUACAGUGAAAGAGGAGGCCCUUGAAACUGAAGUACCAAAAUUGGAAACCCCAGAAACAGUUCCUUCUGAAAAAGAAGUUGAAGCUGCUGAGACUGAAGUGCCAGAGGUUGAAACCCCAGUCAAAGUGACUCCUGAAACAGAAGUUACAGUGAAAGAGGAGGUCCUUGAAACUGAAGUUCCAGAAUUGGAAACCCCAGAAACUGUGCCAUCUGAAAAAGAAGUUGCAGCAGCAGAAACAGAAGUGCCAGAAAUGGAAACCCCAGUUACUGUGACUCCUGAAAUAGAAGUUACAGUGAAAGAGGAGGUACUUGAAACUGAAGUGCAAGAAUUGGAAACCCCAGAAACUGUACCAACUGAAAAAGUUGCAGCAGCAGAAACAGAAGUACCAGAAAUGGAAACCCCUGUCAAAGUUACUCCUGAAACAGAAGUUAUAGUGAAGGAGGAUGCCCUUGAAACUGAAGUGCCAAAAUUGGAAACCCCAGAAACUGUGCCAUCUGAAACAGAAGUUUCAGCUGCUGAGACAGAAGUGCCAGAGGUUGAAACCCCAGUCAAAGUGAUUUCUGAAACAGAAGUUACAGUGAAGGAGGAGGCCCUUGAAAUUGAAGUUCCAGAAUUGGAAACCCCAGAAACAGUUCCUUCUGAAAAAGAAGUUGCAGCAGCAGAAACAGAAGUGCCAGAAAUGGAAACCCCAGUUACUGUGACUCCUGAAACAGAAGUUACAGUGAAGGAGGAGGCCCUUGAAAUUGAAGUUCCAGAAUUGGAAACCCCAGAAACAGUUCCUUCUGAAACAGAAGUUGCAGCAGCAGAGACAGAAGUGCCAGAAGUUGAAACCUCUCUCACAGUAACCAUUGAACCAGAAGUAACAGGGCAAGAAGAAGCCAUAGAAACAGAAGUCCUCUUAAAAGAAACACCUAAAGCUCCAUUAACAGAGGACAAAGAGACAGAAGAAAUAGAAACCAGAGAAGAAACCCCAGUUUCUGAAAUAUUAGUAUCAGAGGCAUUAGAUUCUGAUAUCACUCUCACACAGGUCUCAGAAACACCUGAGACUGAGGGACCUGUAGUGGAGGAAACAGUAGUAGAGGAAACAGAAACAGAGAAAGAAGAGGCUGCAGAUUUUGAAAUAAUACAUGAAAUAGCCCCUGUCUCGGAGGAAUCACAAUUGACAGAAACUCAGGAGGGUCCUAUAGAAAUUCCAGAAACAGAAACUCCAGCAAGGGAGAUUACUGAAGAGGAAGUAUUGCUGGUGGAAACACCAGGGGUUCCAAUAACUGAGGUCCCAGAAACUGAAGUCACAGUUGUUGAGGUUGCAGAAACAGAGGACCAAGAAAAAGAGACACAUGUAACAGAAAUUCUUGAAGUUCCAGCAACUGAAGAAGGAGAAACAAGUGCCCAUGACGUUGUAACCAUCGUUACAGAAGCCCCAGAGGCCCAAGUGACUGAAGUCACAGAAUCAGAGGUGGCAGAUGUAGUUUUGAAGAUGACAGAGUCUCCAGAACUGGAAACCCCAGUUACGGAGGCUUUAACAAUUGAAACCACAAUCCCAGAAGUUGAAACUCAUGCAACCUUCACAAUGCCCCUCACUGAUCUCUCUGCCAAAGAGAAUGAUAGUGUAACCUUAACCUGUGAACUUUCCAAACCAAAUAUUCCAUGCAAGUGGUUUAAAGAGGGAUCUGAAAUCCAACCAUCUGAUCAUAUAAAAAUUUAUCAAGAUGGCUAUUCACAACAGCUUGUACUAACUGAUGUGACUGUGGAUGACACAGCUAAAUAUUGUUGUGUAUGUGAUGAUAUGUCUACUGAGGCCAUGCUACAAGUAGAGGAAGCACCUUCUACCUUUACCAAACCCCUCUCUGACCUCACUGCCAAAGAAAAUGAUACUGUUACCUUGACCUGUGAACUCUCCAAACCAAAUAUCCCAUGCAAAUGGUUCAAGAAUGGCACUGAAAUCAAACCUACUGACCAUGCACAGAUUUCCUAUGAUGGGUACACUCAACAACUCACAUUAACCAAUGUCACUGUUGAUGACACAGCCAAAUAUUCUUGUAUGUGUGGUGGUGUGUCAACCGAAGCCACACUUCAAGUGGAGGAAUCCUUGAAAUUCAUUAGAGAACUGACAGAAAAGCAUGUCGUUGAAGAGCAGACGGUGACCUUAGAAUGCGAGGUCAACCAAUCUGGCCUGACAGCAACAUGGCUGAAGGACAAACAGCCUGUUGUCCUGAGGAACUCAGACUCGAUCAGAGUUAAAGAUGGUGUACACAGUCUCGUGAUCAGCUCAGCCGAGAUUGAUGAUGAGGCCGAGUACUCAGUACAGAUAGGAGAGAUCGCAAGCUCUGCUCCGCUAUUUGUAGAAGAGGCUCCGAUAGAAUUCAUCAAACCACUGAAGGAUGUUCAGGUCAUGGAGAAGACCAAGGUCGUCUUGGAGUGUGAGGUCAACAAACCCAAUCUGAUUGCCACUUGGUUUGUGGAUGGAGAGGAAAUCAAAUCAUCAGACCGUGUGGAGUUUGUGGUGUACGACACUGUACACCAGCUCAUCAUCGAGUCGACCAAACUAACUGACGAGGGAAAAUACACUAUAGAUGUGGAGGGCCAGAAAUCCUCUGCUACUCUGCUGGUAGAUGAGUCCCCAGUUGAACUGGUUGCACGUUUGCAUGACAUUUGUGUCCCAGCAAAAAGCACAGCCGUAUUUGAGUGUGAAGUAUCACUGCCUGGUGUCAAACCUCAGUGGUACAAAGAUGAGGAACCAAUCACAAUCAGCGAUGGUUAUGACAUCAGAUCAGAUGGGACCCACCACUAUUUGUACCUAGAGAAAGUGGGACCUGAUGAUGUUGGGGACUACUCAGUCCAGUUUGAUGAUGUGGAGUGCACUGCCACUCUACAAAUUGAAGAACCUCCUUUGAAAAUCACUAAACCACUAGAGAAGAAAGAAGUUCCUGAGAAAGAACCACUGACCUUGACCUGUGAGGUCUCCAAACCAGGGGUCAUGGGUAAAUGGUUCAAGGACAACAAAGAAGUCAUUCCCUCAGAACACAUCAAGAUCAUUGAUGAUGAAAAUGUUCACAAACUUGAAAUUGCAGAUGCAACCUUAGCAGACAGUGGUAGCUACAAAUGUAAACUGGAGGACAAAGAAACCACCUGCAGAGUUACUGUUAAAGAAAAACCAUUGGAAUUCACUAAACCCCUGAAGGACAUUGAAAUUGCAGAAGGUCAGGACAUUGAACUCGAGUGUGUAGUGUCCAAAGAAGGCCUCAAGGCAACAUGGCUGAAGAAUAACAAACCGCUGCCAGUGGACAACAGAAUUAAGGUCACUGCAGACAAGGACACACACAAACUGACCAUCAAAUCAGCACUGGUAGAAGACAAGGCUGAAUACACCAUUAAGGUUGCAGACAAAACAUCAACAGCUAAAGUCUUUGUAGAAGAAGAAGUAGUUGAGUUUGUUCGUAAAUUGGCUGAUGUUGAGGUCAAAGAAAUUCCCUCUACUGUUACCUUCGAAUGUGAGCUCUCCAAACCAGACAUUGUAGCCAAGUGGUUCAGGGACGGAAAACCACUGGGAGAGAGUGACAAGUACCAGAUGAUAGUGGAUGGAACCAUUCACAGACUCAUUGUCACUGAUGUUGAUGGAGAGGAUGAAGGUGACUACAGUAUUGUGGCCCGAGGGAAGAAGUCCGAGGGAGAACUCAUUGUAGAAGUACCUCCACAACUUUUCUUGGACAAAAAAUUCGAGGAGGAGGUUGUUCUGAAGGCUGGCCAAUCUACUGCUUUCGAGAUUCCAUUCAAGGGUAACCCUCAGCCCAAGGUGACCUGGACCUACAACAAUGAGCCUGUGCCACAGGACAAGAGAAUUGAGAGUGAGACCAUCUACAACAUGACUACACUGAGACUCGCCAAGGUCAAAAGACCAGACACCGGGAAUUACACCCUGACUCUGGAGAACAGUGCUGGAAAAGUCUCCAUCACCAUUAAACUGACUGUACUGGACAAACCCAGUGCACCACAAGAGCUGACAGCCUCAGAAGUGACAGCAGAAUCUAUCACUCUGACCUGGCAGUCCCCAGCUGACAAUGGAGGCAGUGACAUCCAGGAGUAUAUUGUAGAAAAGAAAGAGUUCAACCGCCGAACAUGGCAACAAGUAGGCACCACUAAAGACCUGACAUUCACCAUUCUCAAACUCUUAGAGGGCAAUCAGUACUUCUUCAAGGUUGCUGCUAAAAAUGACAUCGGCAUUGGAGAAGCUGCUGAACUGAAAGAGGCCAUCACAGCCAAGAAUCCAUUUGUUGUGCCAGAUGCCCCUGAUGCUCCAGUUGUUACAGACGUCACUGCUGAAUCAGCAACUGUCACCUGGCAACCACCAGCCAAUGACGGAGGAUCUCCUGUGGUCGGGUACCGCCUGGAGAGGAUGUCAGGUUACAGUGGACGAUGGGUGGCUGUCGCUAGGGAGCUCAUCCCAGAGACCACCCUCACUCUCACUGACCUCGUGGAGAACAACACUUACGAAUUUAGAGUUAUUGCUGAAAAUAAGGCUGGUCCAAGCAAGCCAAGCAAGCCAUCAGAAACUAUCAAAGCACUUAACCCAUGGACCAAACCAAGUGCACCAGGGACUCCAGAAAUUAUCAAAACAGACCAAACCUCAGUUGACCUCAAAUGGACUCCUCCCACAGAAGAUGGAGGGGCACCCAUCACUAACUAUGUCAUGGAGUACCGCCUCGCUGGUGGUGUACACUGGAAGAAAGCCAACACCCAGGCUGUCACAGAGACCACAUUUAGUGUGGCCGAUCUGAAGGAAGGAUCUGAGUAUGAAUUCAGAGUGUCUGCUGAAAACAAAGCAGGUGUUGGUCCAGCUUCUGAACCUACCAAAUCUGUCAAAGUGGAGAAACCAUUAGUGGGAACAGCACCUAAGAUUUUGGAGAACUUGAAGGACAGCACCAUCGUAUCACCAGAAGAGGUCACCUUGAAGUGUGAACUGGAACGUGGAGAACCACUGGCUGAAGUCAAAUGGUUCAAGGGACCCAAGGAAAUCAAGAAAACACCAAAAUAUACCAUCAAAAUAGAGGACAAGGUUGCUGCCCUUGUCGUUCAUGAAACAGAGCCUCAAGAUGCUGGUGUGUACCAGUGUCUGGCAAUCAACCCACUGGGAGAGGUCAAGACAGAGGCAACACUGGCAGUCCACACACAACCCAAACUGGAAUAUGAGAACAAACUGAAGGCUAAACAGUUGAUCAAGGUUGGACAAUCUAUUUCCUUACAAGUGAACAUCAGUGGUAUACCCAACCCAACUGUCCAAUGGACACUGAAUGAAGCUGUCAUUGAGAAGUCUCCCAAGAUAAGCAUCGACACAACAGAUGACUUCAGUAUCCUGACCAUAAAGAAUGCUACUCUGGAUGACACAGGCAUUUACUCCAUCACCGCCGAAAAUGUGGUGGGCAGAGCUCAGGCAGAAUUUGAUGUAGCCAUCAAAGACAAACCUGGAAAACCCAACAAUCUCCAGGCACCCAAGAUCAUGAAGGACUCUGUUGUAUUGUCGUGGCAACCCCCUACAAACACAGGUGGCUCUGACAUCACUGGGUAUGUCAUUGAGAAGCGUGAUGCCAAACGUAACACCUGGGCUCCCGUGGAAACUGUAGACAGUGAAACCACAACCUACGCUGUAAAGAAACUGAUUGAGGGCAAUGAAUACUACUUCAGGGUGUCUGCUAAGAAUGACAUGGGCACUGGAGAGGCAGCUGAGAUAGACAGAGGAACAGUUGCCAAGAGUCCAUUCGAUGUACCUGGACCUCCAAAGAAUCUACAAGUCACAGAGGUGACUAAGUCCAGCAUCACUCUGACCUGGGAGGUGCCAGAACAGGACGGUGGUUCACCAGUCACUGGAUACAUAGUGGAGCGCCGCCAGACCACCUCCACCAGGUGGACCAAGGCCCAUAAACAACCCCUGACUGAGACGGUCUUCACAGCCUCAGAUCUGAUAGAGCUGGCAGAGUACGACUUCAGAGUGUCUGCUGAGAAUGCUGCAGGAACUGGUAAACCUUGUGAACCAGUGGGACCAAUUCUUACCAAGAGCCCAUAUGAUGUGCCAGAUGCCCCUGGUAAACCCGAGAUAACUGAAGUCACUAAAGAUACCGCCACACUGACUUGGACACCACCAGUCAAAGAUGGCGGAAGUCCUGUGUUUAACUACGUCAUAGAAUACAAACCCACCAGAGCCUCUAAAUGGAUCUCAGCCUCUUACAACAUUACAGUGGCUAACACCAACUUCACUGUGAAGGAUCUUACAGAGGGAAUGGAGUAUGAAUUCAGGAUCCUAGCAGAGAACAAGGCAGGACUAAGUAAACCUUCCUCUCCCACUAGUGCAGUCAUCAAAGAGCCAGUCAGUGGCGAGGCCCCAUCUGUGUUGGAGGGACUGCCUGAUGUCAGCGUACUGCUGGGAGAAGAUGCCACCCUGGAAUGUCAGAUCAGUGGCAAACCUGAACCCUCUGUUACCUGGAGCAAAGAAAGCCGUACACUUGAAGCAAGUAAGAAGUAUGAGAUGAGCCAAGAUGAAGUCUCAGUCUCACUAACCAUCCGAGACGUCUCCGAGAAGGAUUCAGGCAGCUACACACUGGAGGCUUCUAAUGAUUUAGGUUCUGUUUCUACCUCAGGGCAACUGGAUGUACAAGCCAAACCUGAACUUGAAUUUGACAACAAAUUCCGAGAUGUGAUAACACUGAACAGUGGAACGUCACUGAGGAUUCCAGUCACCUACAAGGGUCUCCCCAAACCCACCAUUGUCUGGGGCAAAGACGAGAAAACACUGAAAUCAGGAGGCAGUGUUACCAUAGAUACUAAAGACACCAUAACAACACUACAGGUCAAAAAGGUCACACGAGCAGACGAUGGCCUCUACUUCGUCACAGCUGAAAAUGAAGCUGGAAAGUGCAAAGCAUCAUUUGAUGUUGAAGUGAUCGAUGUGCCUGACCAACCAGAAGGCCCAAUAAAAAUCAAUGACAUAAAUCGUGACCGCAUCACCCUUUCUUGGGCCCCACCCAAAGAUGAUGGUGGAAGCAAAAUCAAAUCCUACAUUGUGGAGAGGAGAGAACAGGGCAGAUCUAUGUGGAGCAAGGUGGACACAGUGGAUGCAUCUAAAACAUCCACAGUGGCUAGUGGACUAACUCAAGGAAAAGAAUAUUUCUUCCGCAUCUUCGCUGAAAAUGACAUUGGAAUUUCCAAACCUCUCGAAUCAAAACAAGCCGUGAUACCAAAGAGUCCAUUUGAAAAACCAGCCAGUCCAAGUGGUCCCUUGGCAGUCAAGGAUAUCACAGCUGACUCUGUGACCUUGACCUGGCAACCCCCGACCUCAGAUGGAGGCUCUGCUAUCACAGGAUACCUUGUGGAAAAAUAUGACAACCGUAGAAUGUCAUGGGUCAAGGUCGCUGAUAUUGAUGAAAAGUCCACAUUCUACGUAGUACCAAAACUGAUAGAAGGACAGAAAUAUCAGUUCAGGGUGUCAGCUGUCAAUGCUGAAGGUCAAGGACAGCCCCUGGCAACAGAGGGAGAUGUUGUACCAAGAAAACCACCAUCUGCACCAGAAAAACCAUCUGGACCAAUCAAAUUCUCUCAAAUUUUGGGUGAUUCUGUGACCUUGAACUGGUCCCCACCCAAGAAAGAUGGAGGAUCGACUGUCCAGUCUUAUAACCUGGAACUGUCUGAGGACAAUGGAAAGACCUGGAAACAGGUGGAAAACAUUGGUACCACAGAAUACACAGUCACUGAUCUGAAACCUGGUGACAAGUACAAAUUCAGAGUGGCUGCUGUCAAUGAACUCGGUAGGGGAGAACCUCUGGUGUCUGAUGCUGUGGUCCCUCAGAGACCCACAGAAGCCCCAUCACAACCCUCACAACUGAAACCCAAGAACAUCAGGAAGGAUUCCAUGACCUUGACCUGGCAGCCUCCUAAAGAUGACGGAGGAAGCCCCAUCACAGGAUACGUCAUAGAGAAAAGGGAAAACAAGAAAGGAAAGUGGACUCCAGUCGAAAAGGUGGGCAAAAACGUCACAGAACUGGAUGUGAAGAGACUACAGGAAGGAACAGAAUAUUACUUCAGAGUCAAGGCAGAGAACAAGAAGGGAGUCAGUGAAGCCCUACAGACAGAGACAUCUGUUGUUCCAAAGAGUCCAUUUGACAAGCCAGCUGCCCCUGAAGGCCCCAUCACUGUAUCCAAUGUAAAUGCCACUUCUGCUGAUCUUGAAUGGAAACCUCCAACCUCAGAUGGAGGCUCACCUAUUACCGGCUACAUCGUAGAAUCCAGACCCAGCACCAGAGCCAGCUGGAGUAAGAUGGCUAAUGUUGAUGCAGGGACCACCAGAUAUACUCCCAAAGAUCUCCGUGAGGGAACAGAGUACCUCUUCCGAGUGUCAGCCAUUAAUGAAGAGGGUCAAGGAUCUCCACUGGAGACAAAGGAAACUGUCAAACCAGAGAAAAAGAUUGAUGCCCCAUCCUCACCAAGAGAUUUCAAGGUAGCAAAACUUGGUCCUGACUUUGUGACACUGGAUUGGAAAACACCAUCUUCUGAUGGUGGAUCUAAGGUUACAGGGUAUGUUGUGAAGCAGAAGAGAGGAUCUGAUGGCAUCUGGGAAGACAUAGCUACCCUGAAGGCCUUUGACACUUCCUACAAAGUCCCCAAACUGAAGGAAGAUAAGGAGUAUUUCUUCUCCAUCACAGCUCUAAACAAGAAGGGACCAGGAGAAACAUGUGAACUGGAUACAUCUGUUGUUCCCAAGAAACCUCCAGGUCCUCCAUCAAAACCGAUUGGACCAAUAGAAAUCAGUGACAUUAACAAGACAUCUGCCAAACUGUCCUGGAAACCCCCAUCUUAUGAUGGAGGCUCCCCGCUGACUGGAUACCUGGUAGAGAAGCGUGAAGGUCGUAAACCCUGGGCCAGAGUGGACAAGAUCUCCCCUGACCUGACCACCUUCCAGGUGACUGGACUGACCGAGGGCGCUGACCACUCCUUCAGGAUCACACCCAUUAACAAGCACGGAAAUGGAGAGGCUCUGGAAACAGAAGCCACCAUCAAACCCAAGAGUCUCUUUGACAAACCAGAGAGACCAGCUGGACCAAUUACCUUCUCAGACAUUACCAAGGACUCUGUAACCUUGAACUGGAAACCACCAGCCAAGGAUGGUGGCACCCCAGUGACCAAUUACGUCGUGGAAUACAGGGAUGCCAAGAGAACCACGUGGUCCAAGGCAGGAGAUGUGUCAGCAGACAAAACAUUCUUCGUAGCUGACCGACUUCUCACUGGAAAUGAUUACUACUUCAGGGUCACUGCUGUCAAUGAAGAAGGUCAAGGACAACCUCUGGAAUCCUUGCAGACAGUCCGACCUGAACAAGCUAUCACACCACCGAAGGCACCAAGCAGUUUAACUGUAAAGAAGGUUGACACUAACAGCGCAACUCUAGACUGGAAGCCUCCUCAAGAUGAUGGAGGUUCAAAGGUCACAGGAUACAAGGUCAGAGUGAGAGAAGAAGGCUCAGACAAAUGGAAGGAUCUGGCAACUCUCUCUCCAUAUGACACGGAAUACACAGCCAAAAACCUCAAGACUGGAAAGGAAUAUCACUUUGCUGUUGUUGCUGAGAACAAAGCAGGCCUUGGUGAUGCUGUUGAGGCAGAUUCAUCUGUCAUCCCAAGGAAGAAGCCAGAAAAACCAUCACCACCAGUUGGUCCCAUCAAGUUCUCAGACAUUCAGAAGACAUCAGUGGUUUUAACAUGGCAGCCAAGUAAGAAUGAUGGUGGAUCACCACUGACUGCCUACCACGUGGAAAUGAGGGAUUCUAAAUAUGGAUCCUGGUCUCCAGUCACCAAAGUAACCCCUGACAUAACCAGUUACUGUGUACAGAAGCUCAAGACUGAAAAGGAAUACUACUUUAGAGUCAUUGCAGAGAACAAGGUUGGAAAAUCAGAGCCUCUUACCUCAGAUGGAGUCAUUCCAAAGAGUCCAUACACUGCACCAUCUGCCCCUCAGGGUCCAAUGCAGUUCUCUGAUUUAACGGACAAAUCUGUGACAAUUAGUUGGAAACCACCUAAAUCUGAUGGAGGCCUGGCUCUAACAGAAUACAUCCUAGAGAGAAGAGACACCAAACGCACCACCUGGGCCCCAGUAGACAAGGUCAAACCAGACGUUACAAGCUACACUGUGCAGAACUUAGUGGUCGACAACGAUUACUACUUCAGAGUGAUGGCUGUGAAUGACGAAGGAACUAGCCCACCCUUGGAGGGAGAACCAGUAAGACCACUGAAGGGUGCAGAAGUACCAAGUGAGCCUCGAGGUCCUCUUAAUGUUAAUGAUGUGAAAGGCACCUCAGCAGCCUUGUCAUGGAAACUCUCAGAUAAAGAUGGAGGAUCUCCCAUUACAGAGUACCUCAUUGAAGCUUCCACUGACAAUGACAACUGGACAAAGCUUGGAACAGUUGACAAACUGUCCAACAAAUACAAGGCACAAGAUCUGGAAGAUGGCAAGGACUACAGAUUCAGAGUUUCUGCUGUCAACAAAGUGGGACCAAGUCAACCACUUGUCUCCAAACCAGUAUCUAUUCAGAAACCAGCAGAAGCUCCAAGUAAACCAAUCGGACCAAUAACAGCCUCAGACAUUAACAAGGACUCUGUCACUUUGUCCUGGCAACCACCAGAGAGUGAUGGAGGAUCACCACUAACUGAAUAUGUCAUUGAAAAACGUGACGCCAAGAGAGCCAUGUGGGCACCAGUUGCCAAGGUUCCAGCACGCAAGACAUCUUGUGUGGCAGAAAAGCUACAGGAGGGAUCUGACUAUCUGUUCAGAGUGACAGCUGUGAACAAGAAAGGUCCCAGCAAGCCACUGGAAUUGACCACACCAGUCACAAUCAAAAGUCCUCAUGACAAACCUUCAACACCAGUUGGCCCUCUUGAUUUGACUGAUAUCACUGAAAAGAGUGCUAGCUUGUCCUGGAAACCCUCUGAGAGUGACGGUGGCCUGCCCUUGACAGGGUACCUCCUAGAGGUCAGGGACAAUCGCCGCACUGCCUGGAAAAAAGUUGCUGACCUGAAACCAACACAGACAUCAUACACAGUUCCCGACCUUGACAUUGGCAAUGAGUACUUCUUCAGAGUCUCAGCCAUUAACAAAGAGGGGGCAAGUUCUCCUCUACAGACACAGGAAGCCACAAAGAUCACCAAGGCCAUCUCACCUCCUGGACCACCUGUCUCAAUCAAGGUACCUAAAGUUGGUGAGGACUUUGUGGAACUUGACUGGAAGGCCCCAUCAAGAGAUGGUGGCUCUAAGGUGAAGGCAUACCACAUCUACCAAUCCACCACCCCAGGGGACUGGCAGGAGGUGGCUACCGUCCAGAGCUUUGACACACAUUACUCUGUCUCUAAUCUCAAAGAAGGAGUGGCUUACAACUUUGCCAUUGCAGCUGAAAAUGAAGCUGGUAUUGGAAAGCUGUGUGAAACUGACAAAGCUGUUAAACCAGUUAAACCUAAAGGAAAACCAUCAAUGCCAGAAAAGCCACUUGAAGCCAAGGACAUUCAGAAGACAGAGCUGAACUUGACCUGGAAACCCAGUAAAUCAGAUGGAGGCUCUCCCAUCACAGGCUACCUUGUAGAGAAGAGAGAGAGCUGGAAAUCCUCCUGGACAGAAGUGGAGAAAACUCUACCCAAUGUCUGUGAACUGAGGAUCAAACGUCUGAAGGAGGGACAGGAGUACUUCUUCAGGGUGUGUGCCGAGAACAAAGUAGGACAGUCAGACUUCCUGGAGUUAGCCACUGCAGUCACUCCAAAGAGUCCAUUCUCUGUGCCGUCAUCUCCUGAGGGUCCAAUUCAAGUCAGCGAGAUAACUCAAACAUCUGUCACCAUCUCCUGGAAGGCGUCUCGAGACAACGGUGGUCUGCCAAUUACAUCUUAUGUGAUUGAGCGUCGAGACCUCCGAUUCUCUUCCUGGCUCCGAGUUGACACCGUCAAACCUAGCAUUACCAGCUACUGCAUUCAGAAUCUUCUGGAGGGAAAUGAAUAUGUGUUUAGGGUUUACGCUGAGAAUGAUGAAGGCUCGAGCGAGCCAUUGGUUUUAUCUGAAGCCGUUAUACCACACAGAGAGCCAGCUGCUCCAGAGAAACCAGUAGGUCCUCUGUCUGUGUCAGACCUUGGCUCUGACUCAGUUACACUGGCCUGGCAACCACCAAAAGACGAUGGAGGAAAUCCAAUAACCGGAUACAAAAUCCAGGUCUCUGAAAACAAUUCUGAUUGGUCGGACCUCGACACAGUGGAUAAAUUCAGCAAGAAGUACACUGCUAAGAAACUAAAGGAGGGUAAGGACUACAAGUUUAGAGUGGCUGCCAUCAACAAAGUGGGAACUGGACAACCUUUGGAAUCAGAUGUCAUCACACCAAGGAAAGCUAAAGGCAAACCAUCUAAGCCAACUGGACCAAUUACAGUAACUGAUGUACAGAAAACAUCAGCCACCAUUGAGUGGAAACCUCCACAGAGUGAUGGUGGACUGCCACUCAAGGGAUAUGUGGUAGAAGUAAGAGAUAAGAGGAAGACUACAUGGAAGAAGGUGGACUAUUUAUCACCAGACAUUACCUCACUGUGUAUCCAGAAUCUGAAUGAAAAUGCUGAAUACUUCUUCAGAGUGUUUGCUGAGAACAGCUCUGGUUUUAGUGAACCUCUGGAAAUGGACAAAGCAGUACUAAUCAAGAGUCCAUUUGAUAAACCAAGUGCACCUGAGGGACCCCUCACCAUCGCAAAUGUAACCUUGAACUCUACUGAUCUGUCAUGGAAACCCCCCAAAUCUGAUGGAGGAUCCAAACUCACUGGCUACCUCAUAGAAAUGAAGGAUGUAAGGAAAUCCUUCUGGAGUAAGUGUGGACAAGUGAAAGCAAAUGAGACAAACUUUACAGUGGACAAGCUGCUUGAGAACAAUGAGUAUGUGUUCAGGGUUUCUGCCAUUAAUGAGGAAGGACAGAGCACCCCGCUUACUUCUGACAAGUCUGCCAAGCCAUCAAAGGAAAUCAGUGCUCCAUCCAAACCUGAAAAGGUCAAAGUCAAACAAACUGAGAAGGACUCAGUGACCUUGGAAUGGUCCAAACCCUCAUCAGAUGGUGGAUCUAGAAUCCGCCGUUACAUCAUCUACAAGAGGAUUGAAAUGACAGAAAAAUGGGUCAAGGUGACCACAGUAGAACAGUUCCUGACACAGACGAUCAUAGACAAACUGGAGUAUGAGAAGAACUACUUCUUUGCUGUGUCUGCUGAGAAUGAUAUUGGAGAGGGUGACAAGGGAGAAACUACCCAACCCACAAAACUGGACAAACCUAGUGAUGUACCAUCAGCACCUGAGGGCCCAGUAGAAGUAUCCAACAUCAACAAGACCUCAGCCACAGUGUCAUGGAAACCAAGCAAAUCAGAUGGUGGCUCACCAAUCAAACACUACAUUAUAGAACUGAAAGAUAGCUACAAGUCCUUCACUCAAGUUGGCAAAGUGCCAGCAGACCAACUGAACUUUGAACUUACCAGACUGAAAGAAAAUCAGCAAUAUUAUGUACGCAUUACUGCAGAGAAUGCAGUUGGAAAAUCUAAACCUCUAGAGAUCGAGAAACCAUUUACAGCAACCAGUCAGUUCAAAGCACCAAGUGCUCCUGAAGGACCACUGAACAUUUCCAAUGUCACCUUGAACUCUGCUGAUCUGUCAUGGAAACCCCCCAAAUCUGAUGGUGGAUCCAAACUCACUGGCUACCUCAUAGAAAUGAAGGAUGUCCGUAGAUCAUUCUGGAACAAGUGUCAAGAGGUUAAGCCAAAUGUGACCAAAUUUACUGUGGGCAACUUGAAUCUUGACACAGAAUAUGUCUUCAGAGUAACAGCCAUUAAUGCUGAAGGUCAAAGUUCACCUCUGACCUCAGACAAAUCUGCCAAGCCAACCAAGGAACUUAAUGUUCCAUCUUCACCAGGAAAAGUGAAAGUCACAAAGGUAGAGAAGGACUCAGUCACUCUAGAAUGGACAAAGCCAGACUCUGAUGGUGGAUCUAGAAUCAAGCGUUACAUCAUCUGGAAGAGAGUGGAGAUGACAGACAAAUGGAUGAAGGUCACCACAGUGGAGCAGUUCAAUACCAGAGCUGUCAUUGAGAAGUUGGAAGCUGACAAGAACUUCUUCUUUGCUGUGUCUGCUGAAAAUGAUGUUGGAGAAAGUGAAAAGGCAGAAACAAGCAAACCAACUAAACUAGAGAAACCAACAGGCAAACCAUCUAAGCCAACUGGACCAAUUACUGUCAGCGAUGUACAGAAAACAUCAGCCACCAUUGAGUGGAAACCUCCACAGAGUGAUGGUGGACUGCCACUGAAGGGCUAUGUGGUAGAACUCAAAGAAGCCAGAAAAACCACAUGGAAGAAAGUGGAUAAGUUGACCCCUGACAUAACAUCACUGUGUAUCCAGAAUCUGAAUGAGAAUGCUGAGUAUUACUUCCGAGUGUUUGCUGAGAACAGCUCUGGUUUCAGUGAACCUUUGGAAAUGGAAACCCCCCAGUACAUGAUGAGUCCUUUUGGAAAGCCAAGUGCUCCCGAGGGACCUCUUGACAUUUCAAAUGUGACCUUGAACUCUGCUGAUCUGUCAUGGAAACCUCCCAAAUCUGAUGGUGGAUCCAAACUUACUGGCUACCUCAUUGAAAUGAAAGAAAAGAGCAGAUCAUACUGGAACAAGUGUGGAGAGGUCAAACCAACUGUGACCAAGUUCACAGUGGAUAAACUAAUUCUGGAUAAAGAAUACUUCUUCAGAAUUUCAGCCAUCAAUGAAGAGGGACAAAGUCCACCUCUCACCUCAGACAAAUCUGCUAAACCCACAAAGGAUCUGACUGCUCCAUCCAAACCUGAAAAGGUCAAGGUCACAAAAUCUGAGAAGAACACAGUGACCUUGGAAUGGUCCAAACCCUCAUCAGAUGGUGGAUCUAGAAUCCGACGUUACAUAAUCUACAAAAGGAUCAAAAUGACAGAAAAGUGGGUCAAGGUGACCACAGUAGAACAGUUCCUGACACAGACAAUCAUAGACAAACUGGAGUAUGAGAAGAACUACUUCUUUGCUGUGUCUGCUGAGAAUGAUAUUGGGGAAGGUGACAAGGGAGAAACUACCCAACCCACAAAACUGGACAAACCUAGUGAAGUGCCAUCUGCACCUGAGGGCCCAGUAGAAGUAUCCAACAUCAGCAAGACCUCAGCCACAGUGUCAUGGAAACCAAGUAAAUCAGAUGGAGGCUCACCAAUCAAACACUACAUCAUAGAAUUGAAAGACAGCUACAAGUCCUUCAGUCAAGUUGGCAAAGUGCCAGCAGACCAACUGAACUUUGAACUUACCAGACUAAAAGAAAAUCAAAAGUGUACUGUUCACAUCAUUGCAGAGAAUGCAGUUGGGAAAUCUAAACCUCUGGAGUCAGAAUCAUUCACUCCCACAAGUCAAUUCAAAGCACCAAGUGCACCAGAAGGACCACUGAAAAUUUCUAAUGUCACCUUGAACUCUGCUGAUCUGUCAUGGAAACCCCCCAAAUCUGAUGGUGGAUCCAAACUCACUGGCUACCUCAUAGAAAUGAAGGAUGUCCGUAGAUCAUUCUGGAACAAAUGUCAAGAGGUUAAGCCAAAUGUGACCAAAUUUACUGUGGGCAACCUGAAUCUUGACACAGAAUAUGUCUUCAGAAUAACAGCCAUUAAUGCUGAAGGUCAAAGUUCACCUCUGACCUCAGACAAAUCUGCCAAACCAACCAAAGAACUGACUGCUCCAUCUCCACCAGAGAAGGUUAGAGUUACUGAUAUAGAGAAAGACUCUGUCACCCUGGAGUGGACAAAGCCAGACUCUGAUGGAGGAUCUAGAAUAAAGCGUUACAUCAUCUGGAAGAGAGUGGAGAUGACAGAAAAAUGGAUGAAGGUCACCACAGUGGAGCAGUUCAAUACCAGAGCAGUCAUUGAGAAGUUAGAGAUGGACAAGAACUUCUUCUUUGCUGUUUCUGCAGAAAAUGAUAUCGGAGAAAGUGAGAAGGCAGAAACAAGCAAACCAACUAAACUAGAGAAACCAACUGGACCUCCAUCACAACCAACUGGACCAAUUAUUGUCAGUGAUGUACAAAAAACCUCAGUCAGCAUUGAGUGGAAACCUCCACAGAGUGAUGGUGGACUACCACUUAAAGGUUAUGUGGUAGAGAUUAAAGAUGCUAGAAAAACCACGUGGAGAAAAGUGGAUAAAAUGACUCCUGACAUUACCUCAUUGUGUAUCCAAAAUCUGAAUGAAAAUGCUGAAUACUACUUCAGAGUGUUUGCUGAGAACAGUGCUGGAUUUAGUGAAGCAUUGGAGAUGGACAAAUCUGUUCUUCUGAAGAGUCCAUUCAAUCCACCGAGUGCUCCAGAGGGACCUCUCCAGAUUUCUAAUGUCACCAUGAAUUCUGCCGAUUUGUCUUGGAAACCUCCCAAAACAGACGGUGGAUCCAAACUGACUAAAUACCUCAUAGAGAUGAAAGACACAAGAAGGUCUUACUGGAACAAGGUAGAGGAGGUGAAACCCAACAUCACCAGCUACACCGUCAGUAAACUGAUGACAGACGUGGAAUACGUGUUCAGGGUGUUUGCCAUCAACGAGGAGGGCCAGAGUCCACCUCUCACCUCGGACAAGUCCGCUAAACCCAAGAAAGAACUCACUGCACCAUCACGACCUGAAAGAAUCGGUGUCAUCAAAACAGACAAGGAAUCCGUGACAUUGGAGUGGAGCAAACCUAAAUCUGAUGGUGGAUCAAGACUCCGUCGAUACAUCAUCUGGCGCAGGGUGGAGAUGACCGACAAGUGGGUCAAGGUCACAACAGUGGAACAUUACACAACAAAGACAGUUGUGGAAAAGCUGGAGUUUGAGAAGAACUACUUCUUUGCUGUGUCUGCUGAGAAUGACAUUGGUGAAAGUGAUAAAGCAGAAACCACUGAACCAGCCAGACUACCCAAACCAAGUGAAGCACCAGCUGCCCCAGAGGGUCCACUUGUUGUAUCAAACAUCCACAAGACCUCAGCCUCACUCUCCUGGAAGGCCAGCCCCUCUGAUGGAGGUUCCCCAGUCACUGGCUAUGUGGUAGAGAUGAGGGAAAGCUGGAAGACCUCAUUCUCCAGAGUACAAAAGGUCCCAGCUGAUCAGCUGACCUUUGACCUGACCCAUCUCAAGGAAGGACAGGAGUACUUUGUCAGAGUCCUGGCAGAGAACAAAGUGGGAGUGUCCAAACCUCUAGAGGCAGAUAAAGGAUUCAAACCAGAGAGUCCAUACAAUGCACCAUCUGCCCCAAGAAAUCUCCAAGCCACAGACAUAACCAGUUCAACAGUGACCAUUCAGUGGCAGACACCUUCUAAUGAUGGUGGACUUCCCAUCAAGUUCUACACUGUAGAGCGCAGAGACAAGAAAUAUGGUUCCUUCACUAAGGAGGCUACAGUCAAUGCUCCCACAACCCGCUGUGUGGUAGAAAGACUACAACUGGAGAAGGAAUACUACUUCAGAGUGACUGCCACCAAUGAGGAGGGAACUAGUCCACCAGUAGAGAUGUCAGAACCAGUCAAACUGGUCAAAGAACCAGAAACACCGGAAAAGCCCACUGGACCAAUCAAAUUCUCUGACGUUCUGGCAACAAGCCUGACAAUGGAAUGGUCGGCCAGCAGAAGUGAUGGUGGAUCACCAAUACAGAACUACAAGAUUGAAAUGACAAAUGACAAAAAAAGCUGGGUCACGGUCAUGACCUGUGACAGAUAUACAACAAAGGUCAAGGUCAGGGACCUGAUCACAGACCAGAAAUAUUACUUCCGGGUCAGUGCUGUCAAUCAAGUGGGCAGCAGUGAACCUCUGAUGUCUGAUGAAGUAACCCCAAUAAAACCACCAGAGGUACCUUCACCCCCAACUGGGCCAUUAGAGUUCUCAGAAAUCACAAAGAAAUCCGCUGUGGUGUCCUGGAAACCACCCAAGGACAAUGGAGGAAGCCCCAUCACUCAUUAUGUGGUGGAGAAGAAGGAGGCUAGGAAGACCGCAUACACCCAGGUGGAAAAACUCGGUCCCAAGGCCCAGACAUGUAAACUCCAGUAUCUGACAGAAAAUACUGAGUACUUCAUCCAAGUGAGGGCCCUGAACAAAGUAGGUCUGUCUGAACCACUGAGCUCAGACAAACCACUGGUGCCCAAGCAUCCAUACACUGUACCAUCUGCCCCUGUUGGACCACUGAAAGUAUCAGACAUUACAGCCAACUCUGCCACACUCAGCUGGAAACCACCAAAAGAAGACGGUGGUCAACCUAUCAAGCGGUAUAUUGUGGAGCGCCGUGAUACACGCCGCACAGCCUGGGUACAGGCUGAGACACCACGGGCUAGUGUCCUGACACUGACAGUGGAUAAACUGAUAGAGGAUGUGGAGUACAUGUUCAGGGUGUCUGCCGAAAACAUCGAAGGACAAGGACCAUAUCUAGAGACAAAAGAACCUGUUACUCCAAGGAGGGUGCCAGUGAAACCUGGUGCUCCCUCUGGAAGAGUCCGUGCAGACAGCAUCACACCAGAAUCUGUUACACUGACAUGGCAGCCUCCAGUAGAUGAUGGAGGAGCACCCAUCAAGAAAUACGUCAUCGAAGCCAAGGAGGGAUCAAAAGACUGGUCUCCACUGGCUGAAGUGUCUCCCAAAUCAACUACAAAGACCUUAUCUGACCUCAAGGAAGGAAAGGAGUACCAGUUCAGAGUGAUUGCUGAAAAUGAAGUCGGACGUGGAAAAGACAACAAGCUGGAUGAAUCUGUUGUUCCAAUCAGACUGCCUGAGGUUCCAAGUGCACCUCAGGGACCACUGAGAGCAGCAAACAUCACCAAAGACUCCAUCACACUGUCCUGGCAACCACCUAAGGAUGAUGGUGGCAGUCCACUGACUAGCUACAUCCUAGACAAACUUGACUUACAGUGGGGAGGAUGGAAGAGGGCCGCCAAGGUCCCACCCACUGCCACUAGCACCAGCCUGACUGGCCUCAUCAAAGGACAUGACUACAACUUCAGAAUCUACGCUGAAAACAAAGUGGGAGUCAGUGAGCCAAUCGAACUGAUUGAUACUGUUACAGCUAAGAGUCUUGUUGAUGUCCCGUCAGCUCCCAGAGACUUUGAGAUCACAGAAGUGACUGAUGAUUCAGCUACCCUAGAGUGGUCUCCUCCUGCCUCAACAGGUGGCGCUGACAUCAUUGGCUACCCUGUAGAGCGUAGAGAGGCAGGCCGCAUGAACUGGGUCCGUGUCAAGCGGGUAGAACCUGAUGUCACAUGGUUCACGGUGGAAAACCUUCUGGAAGGCAGAGGUUAUGUCUUCAGGGUCUUUGCAGAAAAUUGUGAAGGACUCAGUGAACCUGCUGUCAUUGAAAAAACAGUUGUGCCACAAAGAAAAUUAGAAAAACCAUCUGAACCUCAGAACUUUGAAUUAGCCUACACAGAAAAAGACUCAGUUACCCUCCAAUGGAAGAAACCCAAAUCUGAUGGUGGAGCAAUGAUUUCUAAAUACAUUUUGGAACAAAGGAGAGGAAGAUCUGGAUCGUGGACCAAGAUCAAGGAGCUGGAGAGCUACCAGCACUCCGCCACCAUCAAACACCUGGAACCAGACACUGAGUAUGGAUUCAGACUCAAAGCCAAGAAUUCUGAGGGUCUCAGUGAACCUGUGGAACUGGAGUCCUCUAUCAAAUCCAGCAAACCACCAGAGAAACCCUCCAGACCUGUAGGACCUCUGAGGGUUGAGGACAUCACGGAGGACCAGGUUAAGUUGUCAUGGAAACCACCAGAGAGUGAUGGAGGAUCUAACAUCACAUCCUACAUAGUGGAGAAAUGCGAGGCCCGCCACCCACGCUGGCUGAGAGUGGCCCGAGUACCCCCAGGUACCCUCGGCGUGGACUGUUACAAUCUCAUUGAAGGCGUGGACUACUUCUUCAGUGUGGCAGCUGAAAAUGAGGCUGGAGUCAGCUCCCCUCUGGAAACAGAGAAACCUGUCACACCUAAGAGCAAAUUCAGACCUCCAGCUGCACCAACUGGACCCAUUAAGUGUACUCAGAUCACCAGAGAUUCUGUCACCAUUGAAUGGAAACCUCCCAAGGAGGAUGGAGGGUCAAAGGUCACAGGGUACAUUGUGGAGAAGAAGGAGGGACUGAGACACACCUUUGUCCAUGUGUCCAAGACAAUGUCCGAGGAGACUUCCCUGACCAUCCUAGGUCUGAAUGAGGGCAAAGACUACUACUUCAGGGUGUAUGCUGAGAACAAGUAUGGCAAGAGUCCUGCACUGGAGUCUAAAGAGGCUGCAACACCAAAGAGGACUCUUGAACCCCCAAUGUCCCCAGCUUCUCUACAUGUCAAGGACAUUACUAAGACCUCACUGACCUUGACCUGGGAACCACCACCAAGUGGACCUGAGGGUAUCACUGGCUACAACAUUGAGCGCCGCCUGUCUAACAGUGACAAGUGGGAGCGAGUGGCCCGUGUACCGGGACAAGUUCUGAGUCACCACCUGACCGGACUUAAAGAGGGCCAUGCCUUCUUCUUCAGGGUCACAGCUGAAAACACCGCUGGUCCCAGUAAACCCACUGAACUGAGGUCACCAGUUGAACUCAAGGGCAAAAAAGACAAACCACCAGCACCAACAAAUGCCCCAGAAAUCUUGGCCAUUGGACCCCGCUUUGUGGAGCUGUCCUGGCAGCCACCUGAACAUGACGGUGGCUCCCCCAUUACUGGGUACUAUCUAGAGAGGGCUGACCUGUCAGGCAGAACAUGGGUCCCCAUCAACAAAACACCGAUCAAAGGAACCAAACACAAGAUGGAAAACCUGUACGAGGAACUUAAAUACGAAGUCAGGGUCCGAGCAGAAAACAAGGAGGGCAUCGGUGAGCCUUCACCCGCCACUGAGCCAUUCUACUGCAAGGAUGUUAUAGUGAAUGAACCACCAAAGAUUGUCAAACAACUUGAACCACUCACAGUAACAGAAGGUCAAGAUGCUGUGUUCACAUGUGAAAUCUCAGGCAUGCCCAGACCUGGUAUCACAUGGUAUAAGAAUUACCGUGAAGUGUUCAACACCAGACGUACAGAAAUCAAGAAAAUGGAGGGUGGAAAGUACACUCUUACCAUCAAGAAUGUCACUGAAGAAGACAUCUGCAGCAUUGAAUGUCAUGCUCGCAAUUUCUAUGGAUCAGUAUCAACUAGGACCUCACUUGAUGUUAAUGUGCCAGCUAAGAUUGUGGACCUGCCCCAGAGAUACCUGGAUGGUCUACAGAUCUGUAAGGGAGAUGCCAUCAUGAUCCGCAUUCCCUACAAAGGUCGACCCGCUCCUAAGAUCACCUGGUCAGUAGACGGAGAGAUCAUCGAACCCUCACGCAGGAAGGUGGAGAUCAAGACCCACCCACACCACUCCACUCUGGUCAUCCACGAUGCGGAGAAGAAAGACAGUGGAGUGUACAAAUUCGUGGUGGAGAAUUCAGUGGGAUCGGACAUGGUUAACAUUCCUGUACAUGUCAUUGAUCGCCCCAGUCCACCUGAAGGUAAACCUGUCAUUGAGAGCAUCACCAAAUUCUCUGUCAAACUGUCAUGGCUGCCCCCAGCAGACGACGGUGGCUCUGAAAUCACAGGCUACAUCGUAGAGAAGCUGGACCUGCAGACCGGAGUCUGGAGACGCGCCCUGACUACAAAGACGCCGUACGCCACCGUGGAGUGUCUGGAGGAAUUCAAGGAACACAAAUUCAGGGUGUUCGCAGAGAACUUUAUUGGAAUCAGUGAAGCGGGAGAGGAGUCGGACAAGGUCGUGACCAGAGAGGCCGUGCCUGACGUGGACUAUGAUGACCUCUAUGAUGCAAGCUUCAGAGGCAACAAUGUGAAUAUUGACAAAAUCAAGGGUGAUGUGCUCAGCAAGUAUAUCAUCUGUGAAGAACUGGGCAGAGGUGCCUUUGGAGUUGUUCACCGAGCCAUUGAGCGAGCCACCAACAAGAACUGGGCUGCCAAGAUGAUCCGCUGUAAACCUCACGAGAAGGAGGCAGUCCGCCACGAGAUUGACAUGAUGAAUGAACUCCACCAUUCCAAACUUCUACAGCUUCACGAAGCUUUUGACCAGGCUGGAGAAAUGGUCAUGAUCCUAGAACUGCUUACCGGUGGUGAACUUUUUGACCGCUUGGUGGAACAAGAGUAUGAUCUGACAGAAGCAGGCUGUAUCACCUACAUGAGACAGAUCUGUCAAGGAGUCCGACACAUGCACCAACAAAAUCUGGUUCACCUUGACCUCAAGCCUGAAAAUGUGAUGUGUGUGACCAAGGAGAGUACAGACAUUAAGAUUAUUGACUUUGGUCUGACCCAGAGACUAGAAGAAGGCAAGAAUGUCAAGGUUCUAUUUGGCACGGCAGAGUUCUGUGCCCCUGAGAUCAUCAACUUUGAACCUGUCUCCUUCACGACAGACAUGUGGUCACUUGGAGUGGUGUCCUAUGUGUUGUUGAGUGGAUAUUCGCCAUUUGCUGGAGAAACAGACCACGAGACUUUUGUGAACAUUAACCGCUGUGACUACGACUUUGAUGAUGAAGUCUGGCAGAACAUCUCCCCAGAGGCCCAAGACUUCAUCAAGAAACUUCUUAUCCCCGACAAAAGCAAACGGAUGACAAUCUUUGAGGCACUGGACCAUCCCUGGUUGAAUGGUACUGUUGAGAAGAAACUAACAGGAAAACCACUGUCUCGUGCCCACCACAAAGAAUACCGCGACAGGAAACACCACAAAGAGGAUGACCUUGACAUUCUACCUAUGGGUCGUCUCGCUAGAAACAGCGCCAUCUUCAGAAAAGAGGGUGACGAAGGUGUCAUGUCCAGGCAUCUGUUACUUGAGUUGCCUCCCCAUGCUCCUGUUGUGGUGGAGCUGUUGACAGAUGUCCAUGGUUACGAGGGAUCACAUGUCGAGUUGACCUGUAAAAUCAGUGGAAAACCUGUGCCCACCAUUCACUGGUACCUGGAGGGUGAGGAGUUGACCCAUGGCAGGAAGUACCACAUGACCUACCAUGACCAGUUUGCCUCCCUCUUCAUCAGUGAACUGGAUGUGGAGGACGCUGGCAAGGUCAAAUGUAAAGCUGUCAACGAACAUGGUGAAGCCUUCACCACCGCCAGGAUAUCAGUAGAAGACCUGCGCAGAAAGAAGAAAAAGAGAGAAAAACAACCAGCUGAAGUACUGCCUAAACUCAAACUUGACAGACAUGACUAUGACACAUCAUUGGUGGAUACUAACAUUGCACCCAAGUUUACACUGCCCCUGAUUGAUCAGGUCAAAAAGGUCAGGGAAACAGUGGAACUCACCGUCACUGUAACCUGUCGCCCAGAACCAGAAGUUCAGUGGUUCCAUAACAAUGUCCGCAUCAAGUCGUCUAAACACUACGACCUUGAGCACAUCAAGGGUAUGUACAGACUGAUCAUCCACGAGGUCAACCCUGAUGACGCUGGAACCUGGAAGUGUGAGGCCACCAAUAAAUACGGGCAGACCUGGUGCUCGUGUGAACUCAAAGUCAUUGAAACUGUGCCAGAGGGAUCUAUCCAGCCCAAAUUUGUUCAGUGCCUGGAGGAUAGUACCAUUGAAGAGGGAAGCUCAGUCAAACUGGAAUGCAAGGUCAAAGGUCAACCAAACCCACAAGUGGAAUGGCAAGUUUCUAUUAAAUUUUAUUUCAAUAAAAAUAGCAAACAUUAG